CAACGGCGCUAAGACGGGCGAGAAAGAGGGCGGGGCGCGAGGCGCGAGGCGGAAAGCCCGCCACUGCUCUGCGGCUGCGCCGAACCCCGAGGCGGCGGCGGUUCUUCUCGGGCGGCCAUUGUGACGAGGGGAGUCGAAGGCCGGCGGUUAACGACCUCGCUGGGGAAGGAGCGCGAGCGGCAGCAGGAGGCGCCUUUUCCGGCGGGGGAAAUGCGGCGCCUGCGGCGGAGGAGGCUCGCGCCGCCGCCUCGCACCUUCCUCUGCGCGCCGCUGCUGGUGGUGGCGCUCUCGGUGCUGCAGGGCCUCGCCUCAGGUGAGGGGGCGGCGGGGGAGGCGCUUCAGGCGAAGCCGGCCCUCCUGUUGAGGCGCGCCCCUUGCGUAUCAGGUUCUCCUCAAAACGUGCACAAAGUGCGCAUCGUGCGCCCCGAUCCUGAGAUUGCCAACCUUUCUUUGUUUUUGAAUUAAGGUUUCUGACAUUUAUAACUAUAGGAGGCGAGCGCGCAGACAUUUACUCGCGUUUGUUUAGUGCAAAACAUAUCUGCUCCCAUAUGUAUUUCCCCAACUUCCUCCCAAAAAUACUCGCGCAGUUGUUCAUGAUGGUAAGGAGGAUGCCAUGAGAGAGAAAACGGGGACUUGGGGAUUCUGAACAGUGAAAUGGUGGAAGUGUGGGUGCAAACUAUUUCAAAAGAGAGGAGGAUCUCUCAAGAAGUCAAGGCUUAAAAAAGAGCAAUAUAUUAUUGAUUUAUUAAAUUAAUAUACCACCCUUCAUCUGAAAAUCUCAGAGCAGUAUAUAGGUAAUAGAAAGUGGUGGGCCAGAUAACAAAAAAUGGGUACAAUAAGCCUACCAAGACCUGAUUCUUGUUAGAAAUGCUAAGAAAGCACUAUAUUGUAUUUGGAGCGAUAACAAGAAAGGAAGGUGAUUUAUUAAAUUUUUAUACCACCCUCUACCCACAAGUCUCAGAAACCCAAGAACAAACCUUGGCUUUACAUUGUGGUUUGGAGAGAAACAAACCACAAACACUGAUUUGGAUAUCCGGCUAAGCCAAGUUCAUGGUUGUGUUGCUCUUGGGUGGACAAAUAGAGGAAUGCUAGAGCUUGUGUUUAAACAUAUCACACCUUGAUUUAGCAUUAUGUAAAUGAAGACAGUGUGUAUCUUAGCUAAUCAUAAGCUGAAGCAUGACUUGAAAAACUUGGUAUCUGAAGAAGUGUGCAUGCACACGGAAGCUCAUACCAACAAUAAACUUAGUUGGUCUCUAAGGUGCUACUGGAAGCAAUUUUUUUACAGUGGUGCCCCGCAAGACGAAUGCCUCGCAAGACGGAAAACCCGCUAGACGAAAGGGUUUUCCGUUUUUGAGUUGCUUCGCAGGACGAAUUUCCCUAUGGGCUUGCUUUGCAAGACGAAAAUGUCUUGCGAGUCUUGAGAUUUUUUUUCGCUUCCCCCCCCUUUUUCUAAGCCGCUAAGCCGCUAAUAGCCUUUUAGCAGCUAAGCCGCUAAGCCUUUAAUAGCCGCUAAACCGCUAAUAGCGCUAAUCCGCUAAGCCGCUAAUAGGGUUGCUUCGCAAGACGAAAAAACCGCUAGACGAAGACACUCGCGGAACGGAUUAAUUUCGUCUUGCGAGGCACCACUGUAUUUUGUUUCGACUAUGGCAGACCAACACGGCUACCUACCUGUAACUUGAAAAACUUAUACUCCAUUAAUGGGCAGAUUGUGACCAAAUCAUAAUAGUUGCACUCCAUUUAUGCUAGUCGGGUUGCUUCUGGAGUACUGUGUCUAGUUUUGGAUGCCACAUUUUAAGGACAUUUACCCAACUGGAGCUGGUCCAGAGAAGGGUGAUCAGGAUGGGGGUGGGGGGCUGGAAACCAAGUCCUAUGAGAAACAGCUGACAUGUUUAGCAUGGACAAGAGAAAUUUAAGGAGGAACAUGAUAGCAGUCCUCAAAUCUCUCAAGGGCUGUUACAACAGAAGAUUGAAAAUAUUUGUUUUCUGUUGCUUCAAAGGACAGGAAUAUAAUGUUGUUAUUGUUUAGUCGUGUCCGACUCUUCGUGACCCCAUGGACCAGAGCACGCCAGGCACUCCUGUCUUCCACUGCCUCCCGCAGUUUGGUCAAACUCAUGCUGGCAGCUUCAAGAACACUGUCCAACCAUCUCACCCUCUGUCAUCCCCUUCUCCUUGUGUGCUCUCCAUCUUUCCCAAACAUCAGGGUCUUUCCCAAGGAGUCUCCUCUUCUUAUGAGGUAGCCAAAGUCUUGGCGCCUCAGCUUCAGGAUAUGUCCUUCCAGUGAGCACUCAGGGCUGAUUUCCUUCAGAAUGGAUAGGUUUGAUCUUCUUGCAGUCCAUGGUACUCUCAAGAGUCUCCUCCAGCACCAUAAUUCAAAAGCAUCAAUUCUUCGGCGAUCAGCCUUCUUUAUGGUCCAGCUCUCACUUCCAUACAUCACUACUGGGAAAACCAUAGCUUUAACUAUACGGACCUUUGUUGGCAAGGUCUCUGCUUUUUAAGAUGUUGUCUAGGUUUGUCAUUGCUUUUCUCCCAAGAAUCAGGCAGCUUUUAAUUUCGUGGCUGCUGUCACCAUCUGCAGUGAUCAUGGAGCCCAAGAAAGUAAAAUCUCUCACUGCCUCUAUUUCUUCCCCUUCUAUUUGCCAGGAGGUGAUGGGACCAGUAGCCAUGAUCUUCGUUUUUUUGAUGUUGAGCUUCAGACCAUAUUUUGCGCUCUCCUCUUUCACCCUCAAUAAAAGGUUCUUUGAGUCCUCCUCACUUUCUGCCAACAAGGUUACGUCAUCUGAGGUUGUUGAUAUUUCUUCCAGCAAUCUUAAUUCCGGCUUGGGAUCCAUCCAGCUCAGCCUUUUGCAUGAUGAAUUCUGCAUAUAAGUUAAAUAAGCAGGGAGACAAUAUACAGCCUUGUCGUACUCCUUUCCCAAUUUUGAACCAAUCCGUUGUUCCAUAUCCAGUUCUAACUGUAGCUUCUUGUCCCACAUAGAGAUUUCUCAGGAGACAGAGGAGGUGAUCAGGCACUCCCAUUUCUUUAAGAACUUGCCAUAGUUUGCUGUGGUCGACACAGUCAAAGGCUUUUGCAUAGGAAUAGAAUAGAAUAGAAUAGGUGGAAAUUGCAGGGAAGUAGAUUUUGGCUAAAGAUUAGAAGGAACUUAAAGGUAAGAGCUGCUUGACAGUGAAACUGCUGCAUGAGGUGGUUACCUCUUCUGAAAGUUUUAAAAUAUUUGAACAGAGAUUCAACAGGCAUCUGUCAGGCUUCAGCAACCCAGUCAUAUGGACAAGUAAAAUAAUAAUAAUAAUGCAAUCUUGGAUUGCAUAUCCUGCACUGAUAGCGGGUUGGACUAGUAGGUGACUCCCAACUCAUUAAUUCUGUGAUUUCCUUGCCUGGUUUAUGGUUAUCAGGACAAGUAGACUGCUGCCUUUUUGUAAAUAGUUGCCUAAGAGCUCAUCCCCCCACAUACCGUAUUUUUCUGUGUAUAAGAUGACACUUAUUUUUUUUAACCCGAAAUUAAGUUGUUUAGCUUUGGGGGUGGUGGGGGAGGUCACUUCUGCCAAUCGUUCACCUGCCUGCCUGCCACUGCUGAUCGCUUGCCACUCCCAAUUGCACACCUCGCCGCAGCAACCAAUGGCCCCCUUGCCGCCACCAACAGCCCACUUGCCGCAGCUGCGAAUCGCCUGCCCACUUCGCCACAGCUGCCAAUCGCUUGCCCAGUUGCCACAACCAAUUGCCAGCAGGCCUGGCCGCAGCCGCCAAUUGCUGCUGCCAAUCUCCUGCUUGAUGCUGCCAUUAAUCGCACAUCCCCCCUCUGCAUUCACUAUGUCUGGAGUUUUGGGCUGGGCUGCCAUCAGUAUGCUGAUGACACCCAACUCUAUCUGUUGAUGGAUGGCCAUCCUGACUCGGCCCCAGACACACUGAUCAGAUGCUUGGAAGCUGUGGCUGGAUGGUUACGUGGGAGCCGGUUGAAGUUAAAUCCUUCGAAGACAGAGGUCCUCUGGCUGGGACGGGACGAUAUGGGAUUGAGGGGGCAACUCCCAUCUCUUGCGGGGGUGCAAUUGGUGCCAGCACUGUCCGUUAAGAGUUUGGGUGUAAUCUUCGAUACCUCCCUCUCCCUGGAGGCGCAGAUUGCAGCUAUAACAAAGGCGGCAUUUUUUCAUCUCCGCCAAGCUAAGCAGUUGGCUCCUUACCUCUCUCGCCCUGUGAUCCACGCGACGGUCACCUCCAGACUGGAUUAUUGUAACUCGCUCUACGUGGGGCUGCCCUUGAGACUGACCCAGAAACUCCAGCGGGUGCAGAAUGCUGCAGCGAGACUCCUUACGCGGUCUUCGCUGCGAGAUCACAUUCAUCCGGUGCUAUACCAGCUGCACUGGCUCCCGGUGGAGUACAGGAUCAGGUUUAAGGUGCUGGUUUUAACCUUCAAAGCCCUAUACGGCCUAGGACCCUCAUACCUACGGGACCGCCUCUCCUGGUAUGCCCCACAGAGGAACUUACGGUCUUCAAAUAAAAACAUCUUGAAGGUCCCAGGCCACAGAGAGGUUAGCCUGGCCUCAGCUAGAGCCAGGGCCUUUUCGGCUGUGGCUCCAACCUGGUGGAACGCUCUGUCACAAGAGACAAGGUCCCUGCAGGACUUGACAUCUUUCCGCAGGGCCUGCAAGACAGAGCUGUUCCACCAGGCCUUUAGUCAGGGCGCAGCCUGACUCCCUCCUUUGGCAAUCUUUACAAAACUUUAGUUUAUAGUUGCCAUCAAUUUUGAUUUUAAUUAAUUUUUAUAAUGUUGCAUUAUUUUAGUGUUGUUAGCCGCCCUGAGCCCGGCUUCGGCUGGGGAGGGCGGGAUAUAAAUAAAAUUUAUUAUUAUUAUUAUUAUUAUUAUUGUUAUUAUUUGUGUAUAAGACGACACCCAAUUUUUGCCUAAUUUUUUAAAGCAAAAAGCAUCGUCUUACACAUGGAAAAAAACGGUAUUUCUGUCAGUGGCUGAUUAACCUGUGGCCUUCCAGGUGCUGUUGGGCUAUAGUAUAGCUCCCUUUGCCCUGCCCAUUGGUCAUGCUGGCUGAGGCUAGUGGGUAUUGGGAGCCCAACAACAUCUGGAGGACUGCCAGUUAAUUCCUCUUGCCCUACAUGUAGGGCAAAUUUUCCUGCCUACAAACACUGGUCAUGCCUGUGCUGCUGCACCCAUAGAGCUCACAACCCAGAAAGUCCUACAUGUUACGUGGGGUAAAACUUUAUUCUAGUAAAUAAAACUGUACCAGGUCCUGAGUCAAGCAUCCUUAUGUGCCGGCAAUGGGUUUCAGCUAUGUCCACAAGGUUCUUCCUGCUGAAUAGACGGACAAGGGACAUAGUGGGUGUAUUUUUUUUAAAUUUUACAUUUAUAUCAUCCAAAGACUUCAAAGAGACUCUCAAUUGGCCUAAACUGGAAGUCCCAAACCAGUGCCUGCGGGUGCCAUGGCGGAAGCCUUUCAGGGCAACUGGGGGACAUCUAUCAUCACUCAGCUGUUGUUGCCCACCAGCCAUGUGGAGCUUCUGGCAGGCACUUCCUCUUCCCCACAAAGGGCCUAUUUUCCACUGGGGGGCAAUAUAGGGAUAGCCUUACUUGCUCAGCAUGGUUGCCCACUAGCCAUGUGGAGCUUUUGGCAGGUAGUUCCUUUACUCUUUUGAUGGACUUUUCUGAAGGGGAUGUUGUUCUCUCUUGGGCAGAGCAAAAAAGAGAAGUAUGUGUGUGUAUUGUCUGUGUAUGUACUGUUCAUAGAAUCAUAGAAUCAUAGAAUCAUAGAGUUGGAAGAGACCACAAGGGCCAUCGAGUCCAACCCCCUGCCAAGCAGGAAACACCAUCAGAGCACUCCUGACAUAUGGUCGUCAAGCCUCUGCUUAAAGACCUCCAAAGAAGGAGACUCCACCACACUCCUUGGCAGCAAAUUCCACUGUCGAACAGCUCUUACUGUCAGGAAGUUCUUCCUAAUGUUUAGGUGGAAUCUUCUUUCUUGUAGUUUGGAUCCAUUGCUCUGUGUCCGCUUCUCCGGAGCAGCAGAAAACAACCUUUCUCCCUCCUCUAUGUGACAUCCUUUUAUAUAUUUGAACAUGGCUAUCAUAUCACCCCUUAACCUCCUCUUCUCCAGGCUAAACAUGCCCAGCUCUCUUAGCCGUUCCUCAUAAGGCAUCGUUUCCAGGCCUUUGACCAUUUUGGUUGCCCUCCUCUGGACACGUUCCAGUUUGUCAAUGUCCUUCUUGAACUGUGGUGCCCAGAACUGGACACAGUACUCCAGGUGAGGUCUGACCAGAGCAGAAUACAGUGGCACUAUUACUUCCCUUGAUCUAGAUGCUAUACUCCUAUUGAUGCAGCCCAGAAUUGCAUUGGCUUUUUAGCUGCCGCGUCACACUGUUGGCUCAUGUCAAGUUUGUGAUCAACCAAGACUCCUAGAUCCUUUUCACAUGUACUGCUCUCAAGCCAGGUGUCCCCCAUCUUGUAUUUGUGCCUCUCGUUUUUUUGCCCAAGUGCAAUACUUUACAUUUCUCCCUGUUAAAAUUCAUCUUGUUUGUUUUGGCCCAGUUCUCUAAUCUGUCAAGGUCGUUUUGAAGUGUGAUCCUGUCCUCUGGGGUGUUAGCCACCCCUCCCAAUUUGGUGUCAUCUGCAAAUUUGAUCAGGAUGCCCUUGAGUCCAUCAUCCAAGUCGUUGAUAAAGAUGUUGAAUAAGACCGGGCCCAAGACAGAACCCUGUGGCACCCCACUAGUCACUCUUCUCCAGGAUGAAGAGGAACCAUUGAUGAGCACCCUUUGGGUUCGGUCAGUCAGCCAGUUACAAAUCCACUGAGUGGUAGCAUAGUCAAGACCACAUUUUACCAGCUUCUUUACAAGAAUAUCAUGGGGCACCUUGUCAAAUGCCUUGCUGAAAUCAAGGUAGGCUACAUCCACUGCGUUCCCUUCAUCUACCAGGCUUGUAAUUCUGUCAAAAAACGAGAUCAGGUUAGUCUGACAUGACUUAUUUUUCACAUAUGUACAAGAAAGCAUGGUGUGGCCACUAGGUAUAUUUUCCCUUCCUAUUAUUAGAUAACAGCAUCAUUGUGUGUGGAAAACAUCAAUAAGGAGUGAUCUCGACAAUCAGAACCAGCAGGACAUAGCUGACUUACGUUAGCAGUGGGCUGUUGCACUCUUUCUAAUGUUGGGACUGGUGUCAUGACACUUACUUAAAAUGUAAAAUGUGCCCGUUUGUCCCCAUAGUUUGGAAAUCCCUGCAUAAUCAAAUAAUGUAAUUGUGAAUGGGAGGCUUGACUGGUAGGCCUUCAUUACAUACCAGUAUCUCUAGAAGCCAUGUGAAAAUGUUUCUCUAUAACCAGGCCUUUGGCUGAAUAACAUCCUACAACCAUGGGAAAUGGGUUAUUGAUUUGCUUUUUUACUGUGUAUUUUGUGUUCUCAUUUUGUUUUUUUAAUUUAUGAACCAUCUGUGAUCUUCAAUUGAAGGGUUGUACACAAAUUUAAGUAAAUUUAUAAAUAUCCUGACUGACAUCUUCAUGAACAACAUAUACAUUCAAUAUAUCUUUAUGUCAGGUAUAACAAUUCCCUGCCACAUUAACUCUACUUUUCUUCUAAGUAAUUGAGCUUACAGAAACUUUUUGCAAACUGGGAAACUGGGAAACAUUGAGCUAUAGCUGCUUCCCUUCCCAAACUACCCAAAUCAAAUCAGUCAGUCCUUGUUUUCCUCUACCUUAUAUUGCUAUAUACACUCAAAUAAACAAAAACUUAUAAGAAAUACUUUCUUACACACGGUCACCUGGAUUGUUUUAAGUUUAGUUUAAAAUCAUGCAUCAGGUUUGAAACCCCUCUGACAAUUACUGUCUUAUAUCAUGUGCUAUACUGUACUGUGGCUCAGUUCACACAUAAACUAAGCCAAACCAUGACUUCCCACAGACGUACAGGUUCCCAGAGAACAGAUUGCAGCCAAUGUGUUCCACUAGUCAUGCUGUAUUGCUGUCAGGUAAGUCAUGGUUUGCCUUACCUGUCAUCUGAACCCAGGCUCAUCAUUUAUCUCCUCCAGAGACGCCACUAGCUGUAAACCAUGGUUUAUCUUAGCAUUACAUGUGAGCCAGGUCAGUAAGUAGUAUACUGUGGACCGUGAAUAAAUAUAAAAAGCAUAUUGGUAUUUUUAGAGAGAAAGUGUAAGAUCUAUUCAAAAUCUCUGUAUCUUCAAAGUGGUUCCAAAAACACAUUACAACACUUUUCUAAUAUAUUUUUCCUUGAGUAUUGUCAUAAGAACUUUCUAAUUAUAUUUCUUUUCUCAAGGAAAAUGUUCUAAAUUUUAAAGAACUGGUUUUGUUUUGGUUUUCAGUCUUUUAUACUGUUUCUGAACUUUGAUGAUUUUUUUAAAAAGCUUUUUGUAGAAUUAAAAAAAUAACAUAACGUUUAAAAAUAAACAUGUAUGCAUAACGUUGGUGCAUUACCGAGCUUUUUUAUCAGUACAUUUAUAAAUAAAUAGACGAUGUGUACUGAAAACAUGCUCAAAGAAGUUUGAUGUAUACUCUAUAAAUCAGUUUUUUUAUUUAUACUACUAGUAGAAUCAUAGAAUCAUAGAGUUGGAAGAGACCACAAGGGCCAUCGAGUCCAACCCCCUGCCAAGCAGGAAACACCAUCAGAGCACUCCUGACAUAUGGUUGUCAAGCCUCUGCUUAAAGACCUCCAAAGAAGGAGACUCCGCCACACUCCUUGGCAGCAAAUUCCACUGUCAAACAGCUCUUACUGUCAGGAAGUUCUUCCUAAUGUUUAGGUGGCAUCUUCUUUCUUGUAGUUUGGAUCCAUUGCUCCGUGUCCGCUUCUCUGGAGCAGCAGAAAACAACCUUUCUCCCUCCUCUAUGUGACAUCCUUUUAUAUAUUUGAACAUGGCUAUCAUAUCACCCCUUAACCUCCUCUUCUCCAGGCUAAACAUGCCCAGCUCCCUUAGCCGUUCCUCAUAAGGCAUCGUUUCCAGGCCUUUGACCAUUUUGGUUGGCCUGUAUUUUGUAUUAGCAGUUAAAGUGCUCCAUCUUGUGGCUCUAGCUACUGCAUGUUUUUUCUGUUCAGAAAAUCUGAAACUAAAAACUAAGAAAUAUUGAACAGAUGGGAUGAAAGUAGCUUGAAUAAUAGAUCAAGCUCAGGAUGCUGGAAAAGCACAGGUAUGUUGCUCAAAAUAAAAACCCCAAAACCACUUUUCAUAUUUGGACUGAUGUUAUUUGUUGCUUAUAUAAUACGAUUAUAAUAUUAUAUAUUAUAAUAUAUUAUAUAUAUUAUAAUAUAUUAUAUAUAUUAUAUUAUAUGUAUAUUAUUAUAUUAUAAUAUAGUAUAAUAUAAUAUAAUUAUAUGAUGUUAUUUGUUGUUUAUAUUUGUUAUUAUAAGUGCAAGUAGAUAAAUGGGUACCGCUCCGGCGGAAAGGUAAACGGCGAUUCCGUGCACUGCUCUUGUUCUCCAGAAGCGGCUUAGUCAUGCUGGCCACAUGACCCGGAAGCUUUACGCCGGCUCCCCCGGCCAAUAAAGCGAGAUGAGCGCCGCAACCCCAGAGUCGGCCACGACUGGACCUAAUGUUCAGGGGUCCCUUUACCUUUACCUAUUUGUUGUUUAACAAACACUCAAUUUUAUAUGCAAUGGAUCCAGAAGUUUUAAGGACAAAUUAAGUUAAUUUUAUGGAUGCGGGUGGCGCUGUGGGUUAAACCACUGAGCCUAGGACUUGCUGAUCAGAAGGUCGGUGGUUCGAAUCCCCGCGACGGGGUGAGCUCCCGUUGCUCAGUCCCAGCUCCUGCCAGCCUAACAGUUUGAAAGCACGUCAAAGUGCAAGUAGAUAAAUAGGUACCGCUCCGGCGGGAAGGUAAAUGGCGUUUCCGUGCACUGCUCUGGUUCACUUAGUUAUGCUGGCCACAUGACCCGGAAGCUGUACGCCGGCUCUUUCGGCCAAUAAAGCGAGAUGAGUGCCGCAACCCCAGAGUCGGCCAUGAAUGGACCUAAUGGUCAGGGGUCCCUUUACCUUAAGUUAAUUUUAUCAGAUGGGAUCACAUUGCCUCUGGUAGCAAUUAGAUUAAAACUUCCAAGAUGUAAGAACUUGUUGAAGUUUUGUGGUUUUAGGCUUAGAAGAAAUCACUACUCAAAUGAUAGAGUUCUAAAAGUGUUUUGAUGUUUUGCUUGUUUAGCCCCCUGCCCUUUAUGGUGCAGUCCCUAAAAACACAUCUACUCAUAAAUCCUGUUAAGCUCAGUUGGCUUAUUCCCAUGUAACUAGUUGCUUGUUAAAUAUUUAUAUCACCGCUAUAAUUCUCUCCUGUAAAUAACACCCAAGGAAAUAUACAAAUAAUUAUAUUAAUUAGAUUUAAAAUUUCAAUUCCAGAAACAUUAAUACAAGGGUCUUAUUUAUUAAUCCAUUUAUUAAAGUUUGCUGUCUCAAUAAUACAGAAUUGUGAUUCAGUAAGUGCUGUGAAAUCUUAAAUGUGUUGAAUAUUCAGUAUCAAAGAUCUAUUUUAAUAUAAACAUAGAGUUUUAGAAAAAAGAAAUAAAGCAGUAUCUUUCACAUUAAUAUAUUAACUAGUAGAUAAACCAUGACAAACCAAUGAUUAGUCUGGGGUUAACACAUAGUUAAGCACACAAGCCUAUUGUGCCAAAGGCCAUAUGGGAUUUCCUGUUAAUUUCAGAGUUUAUCCAUAAUUGCAAACCUUUUCUUUAGCUAGAUCAGAUCUCUUCAUGUUUGACGCUUGUAAAAUCAGGAGCUUUGGUAGUUUUGCUGAGAGCAUCUUGCACUUUGCAAUAGGAAAUUUAUUUACUGAGGAGGGGCCACUAGGGGCGCAUCGGAAGAUGGCUGACAAUAACAUCUCUCCGACCCACACGAGGUAAUUAAGAGGCUGUGAUGGGAGUAAACAGCCUCCCGGCCCCCACAAGUGGGUGGGGGGGACUGCCCUUGCCUGCUGUGCCCUAUACCACCCCCGAAUUUGAGGGCGUGGGGCACUAGGCAGAAAGCCCUUGUGCGGACUUCGGCGCUCCUGGACGCUGUCUCUGAUCCGCGCCUCUAGCUGCAGCAACUUCAAAAGAAACAAUUAGGAGGAAGCUAAUGCCCAUAUUUAAAGGAAGAAGGGGGAGUAAAGACUGCUUACUGAAGAGAUCUCUGAGAAACAAGACGGGUCGGAGGAACAGGAAUAAAUCAUUAGAAAACACACCAAGGCUCGGUAUGUUGGGCAACGGGACUGGAUGGGGGGGACGACUUUCUUUUCUCUAUGUGAUUAACCAAGAAUUCCCCCCACAAGUCAGAAAUGCUGUUUAAAUGACUUAAGCUGAGGAUUUAAGACUGUGUGGAGAUAAUUUUCUAACCAAAGCAUGUUUUAAGGAGACUGUGGAAAGUAUAAGAGCUUUGGAAUGAUGCAGCAAAAAAUAGUGUCGCCAUUUUGGCAAGCUCUGUUGAAAGACUUAUGUCUGGGAGGAGGGAUAGAUCUGUUUUCAUAUUGUGGGUGAGCCUCCUCAGAGGGACUAAAGAAGGCGACAGAUGCGAGACUGAUGAUGGAAAGAGUACUGUUAUUUAUGAAAGUGAAGAUAUGUGGAAACCAUCUCGAUAUGAUGAUUGGACGAACGGAAAAUUCACACAGGAUUAAAACUGGUGUUUACCUGCUUAAGGAGAUUAUCAGAAGAGAUCAUAAAGAAAAAAAGAAAAAUAUAUGAACAAGAUGAGAUGUGAGAACAGCAAGAUAGGACUGGAUAGAAUUAUGGACAUUAUUUGGACAGAUUUGUGGAUAUUAACGCAGCAGCAAGAAGUUGAUGGGAAUCCCCUUCGGAACUUGAAAUAUGGGUCCCCUCAACAAAAAUUUAAAAUUCGGCUUUGUAAUUCAAAAUUUAUGUGAUGUGAUUUGAUUUGAUUUGAUUGGUCGGUUAAUAAAAAUUAUUUUUUUAAAAAAAGGGAAAUUUAUUUACUGAAUAUAAAAAAGGUAAAGGUACCCCUGCUCGUACGGGCCAGUCGUGUCCGACUCUGGGGUUGCGCGCCCAUCUCGCUUAAGAGGCCGGGAGCCAGCGCUGUCCAAAGACACUUCCGGGUCACGUGGCCAGCAUGACAAAGCUACAUCUGGCGAGCCAGCGCAGCACACGGAAACGCCGUUUACCUUCCCGCUAGUAAGCGGUCCCUAUUUAUCUACUUGCACCCGGGGGUACUUUCGAACUGCUAGGUUGGCAGGCGCUGGGACCGAGCAGCGGGAGCGCACCCCGCCGCGGGGAUUCGAACUGCCGACCAUAUGAUCGGCAAGUCCUAGGCGCUGAGGUUUUACCCACAGCGCCACCCACGUCCCUUUACUGAAAAUAGAAUAUGUUUAAAGUACAGUUGCACCUUGCUUUUCAAAUGGAAUCUGUUUGGGAAAUCCGUUCAACUUCUGAAAAUGUUCAAAAACCAAGGUGCAGCUUCUGAUUGGCUGCAGGAGCUUCCUGCACUCAAGCGGAAGCUGUGUUCGAUGUUUGGGUUCCAAAGAACAUUCACAAACUGGAACACUCACUUCCGGGUUUGUGGCGUUCGGGAGCCAAAACAUUUGAGUCGCAAGGCGUUCAACAACCAAGGUACAACUCUACUUUUUUAAAGAAGAUCCAUCCUCUUUCCAAAUGCAGAUAAAGAAAGGAAUAAAAGGGAGGUCACCAUAGAAUGAUAUUUAUCAUUGUUAUGUGUUUGCCAUCUAUAGCAGCUCUUCUAGUAAAUCUCUCAGACUUUUAAAAAUUGUUCUUGUAUGCUGCCCUUCCAAGGAGCUCAAACGGCUUUUCAUGGGAAUCAUUACAUUGCAUUCUGUAAGGUUACUUAGUCUGAAAGUGAAUGAGUGACCCCAAAAGUGUGUGAAUUUGAUCCCAGCAGUAGCAUCCACAUCUGAAAUUCUAUCCACAGCACUGCACUGAGGCUGUGUUGGAGUUUUGAUGUGAUGGGUAGCUCUGGCAUAAUUCAAGGUCGGUUCUUCUCCAAAGCCAGCAAGUGACAAGUGGGAAGGGAGGGGGAUGGGCCACCAUGGUCCUUGACCACUGCUUUAUAACCUAUGAUUUAUUAUCAUGUCUCUUCUUACAGUCACUGCCUAAUUAUACCGUAUUUUUCGCCCUAUAGGACCUCAAAAAACUAGGUGCGCCUUAUGGGACGGUGCGUCCUAUAGGGCGAAAAAUACGGCACUUGCUCAAGUUCAUUGAUUUUGUUAUGAUCAAUCGUCAUUUUUUUUUAUUCCUAAGAAGCUUGAAUUUUUAUGCUAACUUUUAAAAAUUCUGUUUUGACAGUUCAUACUUCGGCCAGUACAGAUUCCAGUAAAUUGAAAGUUGUAGGAUCAACCAAUUUACCAGGUAUAAAGUAAAUAUUUUAAAUUCAUUCAUGUUAAUCUUUUGAAGUCUUUUGAACAAUGAAAAUGUUAUGGCUGGAUUUUAAAAUACUGUUUUCUUUAAGGUCAGUUAUACUAUUUAUAUGAUUAUUCUGUGACACUAAGACUGCAAUCCUAAACAUCUAACUUGGGAGGAAGCCCAUUGAACUCAGUGGGACUCAUGUCUGAGUAGACAUGCAUAAGAUUGCCAUGUUAGAGUGGUAUUGACUAUUGCAGAAUAAUAUACUUGCCAAAAAUAAUUCUAAAUUUUUAAAAAUAGUAUUUAACUACAUUAAAACUUAGAAUGAGGGAGCGUCAAAAACAUAUUCUUGAACAGUGCUGCUUUCAUUUGAUAGGUGGCCAAAGCAAUAUGGAAUGAUAUAAAAAGGUGUUUGAAGUUGUACACGUGACUUCGUAUUUUGACAGAACAAUUACCAGAUUUUCCCUGUUUCCCCUUUAACGUGUACACAUUUUUUUCCUGCUACUUGUGUCUAGUAUGGUUUAGAAAGUCUUGGUUUUAUCUUUGUUGAGGGUAUGUAGGACUGGAUCCAGUUGGCUUUUUAGCAUGUGCCAUUAAGCAUGUUCAAACAGUUCUGAGUUUGUAGGAGAGCUGCCUAUGUGUUUGUGGAAGGGAACAGAUGCUAGAAGAGGGGAAAGGACAAGACCAGGAAGGUAGAAAUAAAAUAGACAGGCUGCAAUUAGAACCAGAAAGGAAAGAGACUGAUUCUGGGAGUAAGGGAAUAUUGCCUGGGCUGGUGAAUGGAACUACUAUGCUAUGGACAUUUAGAUGUGGGUGCAGGGAGAAAAGCCAUACAUCUAGGAAAUAAAAACAAAAAGGGGUUCUUGUGAGAAAAAGUCACAAGUAAGUAAGUGUGAUGGGAUGAUGAGCUGCUUGUGCGUAAAAUCGUAUCCCCUCAGAGUUUGUUCAAGUCCACAAACCUCUGUCUGUGACAGAGCCCCUCAGACAUGGCUACUCUAGUCACUAGCAGAUUCCGACAGUGGUUGCUUUCGUAAUCGCUUCCAACAUAAAAGCUCCUUAACGGAAACACGUCUUCUGGAAUCUCUGCGUGACAGUUUCCGGCGAGGAGUGGGUGUUCUUACAGGAGGUCCUGAAACCUCUCCACUGUUUUCGCUGGAAGUGUCUCUGAGCCAUCCCUCCAGCUCAGCUCCUCUCCCCUGCUGGUUCCCUCAUCAGCUGCUGCGUCUCUCCCAACCUGUGUGAGCCCUUUCACCUCCCUGUUGGUUUCCUCUUCAGCUGCUGCGUCUCUCCCAACCUGUGUGAGCCCUUUCACCUCCCUGCUGGUUUCCUCUUCAGCUGCUGCGUCUCUCCCAACCUGUGUGAGCCCUUUCACCUCCCUUCCGUCCGAUGGCAGUUCCCUGACAUCCACCUCCCCUCCAGGGCCCCCUUCACCCCCUCUCGCCCCCUCCUCUACGGGCGGUGAGGAGGCAAAACCCCGGAAUGAACUUCCUUCAUCUUCCGAUGUCUCGAACACUUCUCUCAACCUGUUGCGGUUCCUGGUCUCGAAGUACACCUCCUCCUCAGAGUCCAUCUCCCCUUCCCCUUCCGAGUCCGGGAAUCCUUCCAACUCCUCCCCUUCAUCAGUGGUCCCAAAGUAUUCCCUCCGGAACCUCUCCACAGGCUGAGGUUUCCUUGGGAACCUUUGAUGGAACGUUUCUAUCAAUACCUCGUCAUUGAUAUCUUCAGCCAUUACCCAAGUGUUUUCUGACUCCGGUUCUCCUUCCCACGCUACCAAAUACUCCACCUGAUCCCCCUUCCACCUGGCGUCGAGGAUUUCUGCCACAUGGCUGCUGCAUUCUCUUUCUUCUACGACCGGUCCCCGAGUGGCCAGCCCUUCUCGUCCCCCUUCGUACGGUGACAGUAACGACCUGUGAAAUACUGGGUGCAGUUUCAUGUGGUUGGGUAACCGGAGCCUGAAAGCCACUGGGUUGACCUGUUGAAUGACCUCAAAGGGACCCAACCUCCUGGGUCUUAAUUUCUUACAACCUCCUUUGAACGGCAACCCUUGGGUUGACAGCCACACCCUAUCUCCCACCCUUAUGGUUUCACCUUCCCUUCGGUUCUUGUCUGCCUGCCUCUUGUAUUCUUCCUUCGCCCUUUCUAAGUUGAGUUGGAGCUGACGAUGGAUUGCUUCCAUUUCUUCCACAAAAUGCUCGGCUGCCGGGACGCUCCAUCUCUCCCCUCUCCCCUGGGAAAGCCCUGGGAUGACACCCAUAAUUAGCCAAGAAGGGGCUCAUCCCUGUGGACACAUUCUCGGCAUUGUUGUAGGCAAAUUCCGCCAGCGCCAACUUUUCUACCCAGUCAUUCUCUCUGUCAUUGACAUAACACCUCAGGUAUUGCUGGAGGACACCGUUUGCUCUUUCCGCCUGCCCGUUGGUUUCAGGGUGCCGGGCAGUCGAAAAAUUGACCUCCACCUGCAGUAAGCUCAUGAGCUUCCUCCAGAACCUGGAAGUAAAUUGUUUUCCUCGGUCUGAGACCACCCUCAAUGGCACCCCGUGCAACCUAAAAAUGUUUUCUACAAAUAACUUCGCUGUCUCUUCCGCCGUGACUGCAUGCGAGCAAGCUACAAAGUGGCACAUCUUUGUUAGUAGGUCUACCACCACCAUGAUGGCUGUUUUCCCUUUGGACUUCGGCAGAUCAGUCAUAAAAUCUAUCGACACUGCCUCCCAAGGUCGUUCUGGGGUUGGUAAGGGUUCUAAUAGCCCCGCCGGCGCCCGCCUUUCCCCUUUGGCUCGCUGGCAUUGCUCGCACCCUCUUACAUACUCACGUACAUCUUCCCUCACCUUAGGCCACCAAAAUUCCCUGGUGACCAACCACAUGGUUUUGUGUUGUCCAAAAUGCCCCGCCGUAGGGCUGUCGUGCAACUGCUUGAGUACCCUCCCCUUAACUCUCCUUCAGGGAUAUACAGUGCCCCUUUGUAAUACAAAGCUCCAUUUCUUUCCUCGAAACCCCUGGUUCCUCUCCAUCACCCCUAAGACCUCUGAGCUUAUUCUGGGCGUAUUCAUCAUUCUCUGUUUCCUCUACCAGUUCUCUUUGUCCCACCAAUGCCGCCCCACACACCCAGCGGUCUUCUGGAAUGACAUGUCUCUCUUCGGGUGCCCCUCCCCUCCAAAUAUUCAGGUUUGCGUGAGAGAGCGUCCGCCCUAAUGUUCUCUGGGCCUGGCACGUAACUAAUCUCAAAGUUAAAUUUGGAGAACUCCUGGGCCCAUCUCACUUGCCGUUGGUUGAGCACUCGUGCCGUCCUCCAAUACUCUAGGUUCUUGUGGUCAGUGCACACUUGCACCUUAUGUUGUGCGCCAAUUAGCAGGUGCCUCCAUCUCCGGAACGCCUCAUGAAUGGCUAGUAGUUCUCGGUCAUACACCGUGUAGUUCCUCUCGGAUUUGUUCAGCUUUCGCGAAAAAAGGCACACGGUCUCCACUCUGACCCCUUCUUGCCUGGCUGCAGAAGCACCGCCCCAAUCGCUCUGUCUGAUGCGUCAGUUUCCACUCUCAUCGGUUUUUGUAAAUCCACAUGCAGGAGUUGUUGUUCCGAGGCGAAGGCCCUUUUAGUUCCUCAAAUGCUCGCUCCGCCUCCUCAGUCCACACGAACUUCUUCUUACUGCUGAGACAGUCCGUAAUGGGCGCCGUCAGGUGGGCAAAGUUUCGGAUGAACUUACGAUAGAAGUUCCCAAAUCCUAGGAACCUCUGCACAUCCUUCUUUGUUUUGGGUGCUUUCCAUUCCAGCACAGCCUGGACCUUGCCGGGAUCCAUGGCCAAUCCCUUGUCUGACAGGCGAUACCCCAGGAAUUCCACCUCCUUGGUAUGAAACUGACACUUCUCCAGUUUCACCCACAGCUGGUUGGCUUGCAGCCUGCUCAACACUUCUCUGACGUCUCUCACAUGCUGCUCCUCAUUCUCAGAAUACACCAACACGUCGUCUAAAAAGGCCACACAAUUCUUGUAAAGCAAAGGCCCCAGGACGUGGUUCAUAAACGAUUGAAAGGUUGCGGAGCCUGCUUGGAGGCCGAAGGGCAUAACCAAAUAUUCAAAUGCCCCUAAAGGGGUGAACAUAGUGGUUUUCCAUUCAUCCCCCUUCCUUAUUCGUACCAGGUUGUACGCCCCCCUUAGGUCCAGCUUUGUAAAAAUCUUUCCCUUCCGCACCCUUGUCAAAAUGUCGUCAAUCCUGGGCAUAGGGAAGGCUACUGGUUCUGACACUGCAUUUAAGGCCCUGAAGUCACACACCAGCCUCGGCUUGUUCGUGUUUUUCUUAUCCACAAAAACACUGGGCUGCCCCCCACCGCCCUGGACUCUCUGAUGAACCCUCUCUUCAGGUUCUUGUCAAUGAACUCUCUUAACUCCUGCAUCUCUCUGUCUGACAUGGCGUACAGCUUGCCUACAGGGAGCUGUGCUCCAGGGAGUAAGUUGAUUUGACAGUCAAAGGGUCUAUGCGGGGUAGUUGGUCAGCUUCCCUUUCGCUGAAGACGUCACGGAGAUCUGCAUAUUGUCGUGGUACCUUCACGUUCUCUGUUACUUCAGUCCCUGCUAGGGUGGCUUGGACCCCUGCCAAACCCUUUCCCUCUUUGCAGUGUUCUAAGCAAUGUGCUGAACCAAAAGAAACCACUCUCUGAUGCCAGCCCACCAGCGGAUCAUGUAACGCUAGCCAGCUCAUCCCCAAUAUAAUGGGAGCUCCUCCCAAGGUGGCCACAUUAAAAGCUAUCAGUUCGGUGUGCCUUGCUACCUUCAUUAUCAUUGGGACGGUCUGCAAGCUGACUUCUCCACCCAACAGCUCCCUGCCAUCGAUCGUGGUCACCUGCAGGGGGCUGCUUAAAGGGAUUGUCUGUAUCUGGUGUUCAGCUGCAAACUCUUUGCUCAUGAAAUUGCAGGAGCUGCCUGAGUCCAACAGCGCCUUUAUCUUUAGAGGGUGUCCGUUUGGCAGCUCUAGCGUCACUUCUAUCACUAGGGCGGGUUUAGGAGGUUCUGGCGUGGGCACUCUCACUGCUCUUUGGCCUGGCUGCUGUGCCCUGACAGUGGCAGCCAGGCGUUGGCUUUUACUUGCUCCGGUAUAUUUUCCUCUCUUCCAUCCACAGCCCCUACCAUCCCUUGCCAUUCUUUCCUCUGGGGGCAGACUCUGGCAAAGUGACCUGGCUGUUGGCAGAGAUAGCAUUUCCGGGCGCCUUUUCCCUCCUUCUUUGCCCCCUCACUGGGCUUUGAAACUGCGCGCGCGCGCUGUUCCGAUUUCCAUCGGCUCUGCCGGUGGGAAAGUUGGCUCUGGAAUGUCUGGAAUGCGGAACUCCUUCCAACGUUCCCCUUUCCCUUCCCGCCUCUCCAAUGCUCUCGCCUCCUGGCGCGCUCCUAUGGCCAGCGCUGAUUUGGUCAGCUGGUCCAUAGACUCCGCCCUGGGCGCCCGGGAAAGUUCGUCUUUCACAGCCGAAGAAAGCCCUUCUUCAAAGAGCAUUUGAAUGGGUUCCGCCGAUAAGUCCCACCCCAAUCUGUGAACAAGCAUGGUGAACUCAGUCCAGUACUCACGGACAGAUCGGCUCCCCUGUUUGCAACCCAUUAACUGUCUGCGCACCACUCCCUUUUCAAUAUCGCUGGAAAACAUCAGAUCCAUGGCGCGAAAGAACUUCAUCGUGUCUUUUAAGACGUCACUAUUCGCUGCCAUCAGGGGUCUAACCCAGUCUCUCGCCCCCUUUUCAAGAUGCUCAAUCACGAAAGCCACUCGUGAUUCCUCGUCAGGAAUUCAUCAAACUGCAGAUUGAGGGCAUAUUGCAUUUCUGUCCGAAAACCAUGAUAGUUUUGGGCUCCCCCAAACUUCUGCACCAAUCCUGGUACCUUUCUGGCGAAAUGGGUGGCUUUCCCCCUUUGUCUGCAUCCUGAGCCCUCCUCUCCUCAAGCCUCGCCGUCUGCAUCGCUAGCUGGACCUCCAACAUCUGGUACCUUUCUUCCAGGCUUGGACCCGCUCCAGCUCCUGCUUCUCCGGUUCCGGCUGGGUUGCUCAUGAUACCUUCUCCUGCACAAGCUGCUUUCAAAGACUGUCGGAAUGCUGUGAUGGGAUGAUGAGCUGCUUGUGCGUAAAAUCGUAUCCCCUCAGAGUUUGUUCAAGUCCACAAACCUCUGUCUGUGACAGAGCCCCUCAGACAUGGCUACUCUAGUCACUAGCAGAUUCCGACAGUGGUUGCUUUCGUAAUCGCUUCCAACAUAAAAGCUCCUUAACGGAAACACGUCUUCUGGAAUCUCUGCGUGACAGUUUCCGGCGAGGAGUGGGUGUUCUUACAGGAGGUCCUGAAACCUCUCCACUGUUUUCGCUGGAAGUGUCUCUGAGCCAUCCCUCCAGCUCAGCUCCUCUCCCCUGCUGGUUCCCUCAUCAGCUGCUGCGUCUCUCCCAACCUGUGUGAGCCCUUUCACCUCCCUGUUGGUUUCCUCUUCAGCUGCUGCGUCUCUCCCAACCUGUGUGAGCCCUUUCACCUCCCUGUUGGUUUCCUCUUCAGCUGCUGCGUCUCUCCCAACCUGUGUGAGCCCUUUCACCUCCCUUCCGUCCGAUGGCAGUUCCCUGACAGUAAGGGAGUAAGGGUUUCACCAGGCAGUCUCUGAGGUCAAGAGACUAUUUGAGGUUCUAAGGAUCCUGGGGACCUGGCAAAAAAAAAAAAAAAAAGGGACACCAGGGUUGGCACCUUCUAAAUAUGGAGCAGAAUGCACAAGAAAAGGUGAAGAUGCAACGUAUGGCUUGAGAAUUAAUCUUGCAAUCAAAAUACUUUUCUGUUUAAAGCACGGGUGUCAAACACAAGGCCCGCGGGCCGAAUCUGGCCCGCCAGACCUCAUCAUAUGGGCGGCUGCCAGUCUAGGGAUUUGUUGUCUCGGCAGUUUCCCGCGAAGCCGCCGCUUUUAUCUCGCGAUAUUUGGAAAGCGCGCAGUUUUUCCCCCUCAUCCGCCCACUCCGCCGGAAGCGCUGCGAGGCGCUUGAAACCCGGCGCGAGUCGAAAGCGGCGGCGCGAUGCCCAUGGAGGAGAAUGGCGGAGCCUCGUCCGGGAGUGGCGCAGGUGGGGAGCCUCCAAGAGAGGCCGGGCUGCCUCCUCAGGGUCCGGGGGGAGGGUUUUAUUGUGGGCUAAGGGGUCUCCUGAGCAUGUGCAGAGCGCUCUCUGCCUCGCCCGCCCCCCCCAGCAGAAAGCCCGCGAAGAAAAGCCCAGCAGCAGCAGCACCCUUCUUUUUAUCGCUUAUUGUGCAGGCGCGGCUGCCUCCCCGAUAUAGAUAUAGAUAUAGAUAUAGAUAUAGAUAUAGAUAUGAGAGAGGGGGAAGUCAGAGAGGUGGAAAAAAUAUGGGGCUGGUGUCGGUGGGAUUGUAACCUCCCUCAUGAGGAUAAGUAGGAAUUUAGCAAAGUAGGGUGCAGCUUUCCUCCCCCCUCCAAAAAAACAAACAAACAAACAGAAAAGUUUGUAGCACUGAUCCUGAAGCCAAAGUACAAUUUUAGCAUGCUGCUAUUAUUUUCCACCUCAUUUCGCUUUGUAGCUGGUGACCGGUAUCCAUUACUUGUUGUUUGUAUUCUUGAUGAAUGCUAUAUUAUAAAAAGACAACAACAGGGGGGGACAACGGAAGAAUUCGGGAAAUAGAUGGUGGCAAAGGGGUUGGAGGUCUUUUAAGAUAGAGCUUUCAGGAGCUAGAACCAACAAGUACUGUGUCGUGUGUGUGUGUGUGUGUGUGUGUGUGUGUAACACAUAACAAGAAGCAACAAGUACUGUGUUUAUAUAUGGGUUAUUUUGUGCUAGUUCUUAAGGCAGGCAUAUCCAAAGUCUGCUUUGGGGCCCAAUUCGGCCCUCCGGCCGGUUUUAUCAGGCCCCUGUGGCAGUUCAUUCAUUUAUUGCUGUCAAAUCCUUUAAAAAGGUCAAUAAAGCUUGGGGGGACAUGCCCCAAAAAGCUCUUCAAUCCUAAAAAAAAGCUCAACUUUGGUCGGCCCUCAUGCAUGUUCACUUCCAUCAAAUCUGGCCUUCUUUGAAAAAUGUUUGGGCACCCCUGGUUUAAAGCAUAGCCUUGUUUUUAUUAGUAGAAUUCCAUUGAACUUUUGAUGUACUUUGCUUUGCCUACAAUUGAUGAUUAAAUUAUACUGUAUUUUCAGUCAAAGUAUACGUCAGGUUGAAUCAUAACAGUCCACGUAUUCUAUGUGUAACAAAGCGUCUGAGAAAUUCAGAAUUGAUCGAUCCAAUAUUUCAGUGGCAUGGACCUGGAGGUGACCUGGUUACAGGUAAGGUUACUUACCCUUUUAAGUCCAGCUGGCUGCAUUUGGAUGUUGUACUAAACUGUUUAGUGAGAUGUGACUGAGCCAUGCUACUCUGUAUCCAAACCUCUCUAAUUGCUUAGAAUUGAGGUAAAAUGACACCACCCACACCCUGCCCCCGCUUGGAAAAAGAACUCAGUGUUUCAGUGUUCCCCCCCCCCCCCCCGAAAAGAGAUAAAUUCUGGUUAAAAUGUUUUCUUACAUAUAUGAGCCAGUUUUGCCCUGCCCUUAAAGACUUUGUUGGUAAAUCCAUGGCAUGGCUUUUGUCUGGGGUCUAACGGUGAAUUUUAGGGGUAGAUUCUAAACUUGAGGUGGUUCUGUCAAUUUUGUUGUUUUUGCUUGAAAGGUUUGCUGCUCCCAAGCACACACCUUUAGCUGCUUGUUCUAGGCAAGGCUUGACAUCUGGCUAGCAGCUUUUACAUAAUUGAUGGGGGGGCUAGUUGGUUUUUUUCAUCUUGUGUACAUUCUUACCAAUGAAAAGUGAAUUAUUCUUUGCAUUUUUCCAUUGUAUGGAAUCAAAUACAAUGUUUUGGAAUUUGAAGGUCUGCAGACUAUUAAUAAACUUGAACUGACCUACUUCAGAGUGAAGACUGAAUUGGAUUCUUCUGCCCUUAGCAAUGGAGUUGCAUAAGUGAAUUGUAUUGGCUGAGCUGGAUUGGCAAGGCAGCUAUAGCAGUGGCUCGCUUCUCCGAAAGGGUAUGGGAAAAUGUGAUGCUAAUGUUCAAUACUAAGAUGAAGGUCUACCAGGCUUUAUCAAGGUGUUGAGCCCAUUGCUUUAUGGAAGUGAGUUGUGGACAACUUAAAACUUUCAGGAGUGAUGCCUCAAUGCCUUCCACAUGCGCUGCGUCAGGAGGAUUUUGGGUGUCACAAGGCAGGACAGAAUUCCAAACAAAGAUGUGCUUUCCCAAAUUCUGAGCAUGUUUACACUCCUGUCUCAGUGACAUCUACGCUGGCUUGGUCAUGCCCACAGGAUGCAAGAUGGCAGGAUCCCCCAAGGACAUGCUUUUGGUGAGCUGGCCCCAGGCCCAUUGGCAAACCAACUCUGAGUUACAAAGAUGUCUGCAAACUUGGCAUGAAGCCUGGCAACAUCAAUCCUGCCAUGUGGAAAUCCCUUGCAGAGGACUGCAGUACCCGUAGACAGUCAAGUUGUUAUCCAUAGCAGUGACCAGAGGAGAAAUGAGCACUGGUGGAGCAUAGAGAGAAGAAAUGCCAUAGUGCAUCUGCAACAGCACAACUGGAUGCCUUCCUCUACCCCAGCUGCAGCAAAACAUGUCUCUCCUGCAUCAGUCUCUACAGCCACAGCAGGUGCUGCAAUCUCCCAACAGCUUGACCUCACCUGCAAAGGUGCACUCCUCCCCAGACAGAUGGAUGCCAACAACAUGACAGUUUCAUUUGCUUGAGAUUUAUUUGAAAAUAAAAAACCCAAUAGCCAAUAAUGGCAGUGAAUUGGUGUACAAAAAGUUUCAUUUAGUAAUUUGGACUCUCAAAAGCCUUUCUUGUACAGAAUAUGUGCAAUCCUAAUGAUUUCUAAUUGUGGAAUUGCAAAAGCAAUUUUUAAAUAUGCUUUAGUUGCAUCUGGAAUUUCAAGGUGGAGGCUUUGCUUAUUCUUGGAUUUUCCUUCUCCCAAGAGACUAAGAGGCCUAAGGCAACCUUAAUGUGUCUGAGAUCAUGACUGUAUUCACAUGGAUUAAAAAAAUAUAUAUUGUACAAUAGUUUUGACUGAUCUUUCUUUAAGCUUGCCCUUGAACUUAUUUUCUGCUCUCCCUUUAGGCCAAACAGAACCUUCUUGAUGUUCCAAUAAUUACUACUAAAAGUUUUGCAACUAAAAUAGCUUGUUUGUUUGUUUGUUUGUUUGUUUGUUUGUUUGUUGUCCUUUGUCCCAUACUUCCUCCUGAAAGACCUGUGCUCAAAUGUUCAUUGCAAUCUGCAGCUGCAUAGUACUGACUUAGAUUCCUCAUAGGAAUUAAAUUAUCGUGUCAGAAUGUCUUGAUUUCCAUGCUAAAUUGUGCCCACCCCAGUCCCAUAUAAUGGGAUUAAAGUGGCUGUGACUCUUGUUGGAUCAACAUCUCUGCUUGCUUAGCCAUGGGGUGUAUGUGCUGGACCUUCAAAUUCUACUUUGCCUGUGUAUUGUACCAAUUUGAAUAUUGAAGGUUUUAGUAGAAAUUGUAAUCUAAGUUGAUUUCUUUCAGUUCUUCAUCCAGUGGGAUACAGGACAGUUUGAACCUACACUUCCUUGAGAGGGGUUAUCAAUGUUCUAAUAAUAUAGGAUUGUCCAAUAAAUCGGAACAAUGAUACUUUCUGGGCAGAAAUCUCAGCUCAGUAUUCUUGGAGAGGCAUCCUGGGAGAAUGUCAUGAGUGAAAGGAUGUCUAUUAGCUCUGUUGUGUUUAUUUGAACAUGAUAACUUACUGUCUACCUAUUGUGUCCCCAGCAAUUCAUUUUUUUAUCUUUAUUAUUUAUUUAACAUUUUAUUAAGAUAAUUUCAAUUAUAAAAAGAUAGAGUGAGAAAAAAGAAAGAAAAAAGUGAGAAUAAAAAAAAGAAAUAAUACUCUUACAUUACCAUACAUUAAUAUUCAGAUGUGUAUAUUCUUAUUAUCCUAAUGUACAUAUAAUUGUCAGUAACCUAAUAUAUUCUGUGUAAACUCAUUCCAGAUAUUAUUGUAUUUAUCCAAAGAAAGUCUCUGUCUAUAAGCUGCCUGUUCAUAUGUUGCCAAUGUUGUCAUGUUGUCAAGUCAUUGAUUAAGGGGAAUCAUAUUCUUUCAUUUCAUCAGUACUAGUCUCUUGGCCACCAUUAGGGUGCAUAGGAUCCAUUUUUGCUGUUCUGACGUCAAUUUCGAUACAAUGGGUAUAUAAGAGCACCUCUGAAAAUCUUACAUUUUCCCAUAGUGUCUUGUUUAUAUAGUCCAGCACUUUCUCCCGAAACUUAGUAAGUGUGGGACAUAGUAAAAGCAUAUGUUUCAAAGAAACAUUUGAUAGGCCUUUCUUAUACAAGUGUCAGGGUGUUCAGUAGAUUCUAUAUAGUAGUUUAUGUUGUGUAAAUCUUAAUUUAAGACCCACUGAUACAUCUGAUACCAAAGCCAAGACAUUUUCCCAUUGUCUAGGUAAUAGUGAACAUUCCAAUUCUUAAUUUCAAUCAUUUCUUAAGCUCUGCGUAUGAAACAUAUUUGUUGAUAAUAUCUCUAAAAAGUAAUCACUGACUUUUUAGUUUCAAAUGAAUUAUCCAUUUGCACCAAAAAUUCAGGUGUCUCAGAUGCUGUGAAGGCUGCUGGACCAAACAAAGUUACUAAAAGAUGUUGUAGCUGCAAGUAUUGCCAUUGGGCCACCUCUGGCUGAUGGUGUUUUUCUCUCAGAGCAUCGUACGUACAAAAUUGGUCUUCCUCAUCUAUCACUUGGUCCAGGGUCAAUACACCUGCUAUCAUCCAGUUUUUCCACAUUACCAUCUUUUUUCCAAUUAUUAAAAUAGGAUUUUCUCACAGAGUAGGUUUAGCAUGUGCAAAUGAAUCAAAUUUAUUUUUAUUAGCGAAUAUAUUCCAUAUCUUUCUAACUGGCUUAAUUGUUUCAAGAUUUGUUGGAACUUUCAAAUAUUUUGAUUGUAAUAUUGUCCACCCAACUAAAGGUGUUAUAUAUUUAUACUCCAACCUUGCCCAACUUAGGAGAUUACAACCGUCAGCAGGUCUCCAGUGUUUGAUACUUGUCAAUAAAUAAGCAUGAUAGUAUAAUUCCAAAUUUGGAAUUCCAAAUCCACCUUCCUUAAUUUGUAAUUGCAUUUUCUUCAACAAUAUUCUCGGUGCGUUUUCUGGGUAUUCCUAGAAAAAUGGUGUAUGUGUGUUAAGCUGUUGUGGAAAUACCUUUUUGGGUGGGUAUGAGGCCUCACUGAGUUAGGAAUGUGUGUGGCCAGUUUAAUCUUUAUUCUUGAAAACUAAUGAGUCCCAUAGAAAAAGCAAUAUUCACAGAAAUCUAUACAUAUUUGUGAGAUAUUGGGACCUUAAAGUGUAAUCACUUGUUCAUGCAUAAUUUUACUAUCCAUGAGGUACUGAGAUGUAGUUAGCCUUGGAAUAAAUAUGGAAAGGUUGCAGUAUGAAGCAGCAGUUGGGUGGUGGUAAUUUCUUUUCAGUAAAACUAACUUUGUUACAUUUUUUGAAAUAGAAAAUCAGACUGUGAAAAUAACACCAACAGGAACUUUGCUAUUCCGACACUUCAAAAAUGAGUUCAGUGGAGUCUACACAUGUUCUCUUGUUUUUAAGCCAACCAUUGAACAAGAUGAAAAAAGCUAUUUAAUCAAAUAUAUCAUUUAUGGUAAGAAAUUCACCUUCAUUUCUGAACCAUUUUCCCUUUUAAAAAUAUUAGUGGAUUUGUUGGAAUUAUGAGGGGAAAUCAGUGCAUAGUUAAAAAUCCCAGUUGAGUUUGGUGAUGGGCUUCAUUGUCCUCAUUUCACCCUUAAUGAGCAAAAUCAAAACCAUUUACAUUUGAUUCUCAUUGAUAGACAACACGUGGUAUAUCCCAAACAGAUUUUCUUUAGUCUUCUCAAUCAGAAGUUCUAGACUGGGGGUUACCAACCUGGUGCCCAUGGGCGUCAUGGUGUCUGCAAAGGCCUUUGUUGGUGUCCCCAGGAAGCACUCUCUGACUUUUGAGUUGACAGGGAGCAUAUUCCAGAUACCUGAAUUCCUAGUUUUCCUAACUUUUAAGCAACUGAAAUAAAGUUCAUGUUUUAUUAGGAAUUAGGAAUGCACGGGGGGGGGGGGGCUUUUUUCCUUUGCUGUGGACUCCCAGCUCCCAUUUGCGCAAGCCGACUUAGCCAUUGAUCAGGGAUGACGGGAGUUCUGUAGGGGUCCCCAUCCCUGCUGUAGUCAGCACUUCCUAGAGAGCUGGUUAUUUUCUUGAAUUAAAGUUUUGCUGCUGCUUCCUUCUAAACUUAUUAUUUCAUACUUUUCUAGGAAUUGGAGUGAAAGGAAUUGAAUUGGGCAGAUCUUAUAUUAUUGUGGCUCUCUGUAGCAGCUGAGCAGCCCUGUGGUGCAAUUGGCAUCUGACCCAGAGCUUGCAUAGGUGUAGAUGUCACCUGUCAGCAGAAAUCUGAGCAUGGUGGAACAUUUCUGAUCUGCUGUGCUCAUGAGAAACACAGCUUAGAACCAACCACUGUAAUCAUGGGCAUACUGAGUCAGGCAUUAUAUCCAUUGCACUGUGUCUGUUGGACUGCUCAGUACAGAGGUAUUUUCAAAAGGUUGUUAAAAUUACAAUUAGAGUUCCAAUAAAACAUUCUAAACAGAUGCAUCUGUCUGCUUCUGUUUCACUCUUUUUUGUUUUGUGAAACCAAUCAUUCUUUUUUUUUUUUAUUUUAAAUAAAUUUUUAUUAAUUUUCCAAACACAAAAUAAAAAGACAAACAAUACACAGUACACCGACAUACAAACAUAUAAACAUGUAUAAUUUCAUAACCAUUUUUUCAUAAACCUUACUUUCCGGACUUCCCCAUACCUCCCCUUUUCUGCAUCCUUGUUAAAAACCAAUCAUUCUUUUGUAUUCUCUUCGUUUUUAAAACAAGUUGUCUCUGAGAUAUUCUUAUGUACCAUUUCCCUGCAAUUAUCAUUACAUUUAGAUCUCCCCCAUCCACCAAGGGAAUCGAAGUGACAUACAUGGUCUUUCCUGGUCCUUCCCCCAACAACCCUGUGAGGGAGGAUAGGUUGACAUGUCAUAACUGACUCUAGGUCAUCCAGUGUACUUUGUGAUUAAACAGGGAUUUCUGCUUUCCACUUCUAGUCCCAAACUCUCUUGACUUAUCAAAACAGAUUGGGAGAUUGAGUUGUAAUGUAGGCCUGGAUAGGAAGAACUGCAUGAACCCUGGAUGAUGAAGAACUCUUUGGAUUUGUGUUUCUUGAAGAGCGGCCUUUAUGCUGCUGCUAAACUUCUUUUGAAACUAGGGGAAGUUUCAAAAGCAAUUUGAUGUAAGAUAUACUGUUCAUAAGAAAAAUAAUAACCCACACAGCCUAACCUCUUGGUUGUGCCUGUUGUAGUUUGGAUCUUUCAUGUAAUCUUUGGCUUGGAUGGCAUUUUCCAAGCGUCCGUGAAAACCAAAAGGUGUAUAAUAAAAGCAUGUGUUUGUUAAUCAACAGUUCAAAAUGUAACUCAAAUAAUUUUAUAAUACCAUCAAUAGAAGGGGAAAGCUGAAAUGUUAAUCUUGUGUUUUUCUUCUGCAGCUUACUCUGACCCUAACUUUUACUAUGAGUUUACAGCACGAUAUCAUGCAGCUCCCUGCAACAGUAUCUAUAACACUUCAUUUGAGAAGAAGUUGCUUCAGAUACUGACCAAGCUUGUCGUUGAGCUAUCCUGUGAGGUUGCAUUACGCAAAUCAGAAUGCCAUCAUGUAAAAAUGCAGAGAGCUGGAAUGCAAAAUGAAAUCUUCUUCACUUUUACAGGUAAAAUUUGUUGCCUUUUGAAGAAUUGCUUGAAUAAAAAAUGUUGUGAUACAUGUAUUAAAAAUGUUUUACUGCCAUCAGCCAGAUACAUGGAAAGGCACUAUUUGUACAAAUGCUGUCUGAAAAGUGUAUAUAAUAAGUAACUUAUUUGAAUGCACAGUUGGUACUGCAUUUUUGGUAACUUUCCUGUUUUGUUAAUUGAUUGGAUUAUUUUAAAAUAUUUUGUGAAUCAGAACAUACUGUUUGAGAUUUCAGUUGUUUCUUUGGAACAAAUUUUUUAACCAGCUUUUAAAAAACCACUUUCUCAUUUAUUGACCCAUAAUGGCCUGCUUCUCAAGCCAAACUCUUCCAAACAGCGGCUUAGUGUGUCCACACAUACCCAGAAAGGAGCUUGCAGCCCUAUUGCGCCUCAGUCCUAAUUGUUGUUACACCACAUGGAACUGUUUUCUGAUUUGGGGCUCAUGGGUCAGUUCUCUUCUCGCUAACCAUGAGCUAUAAUCAAGGUUUGUUCCUGGUUACAGCUCGUGUUUAGCAAGGAAAGAGCCAGGGAUGAGCAGAACAGCUGCACGUUCCUCUCCAGGAGCCUCCACACGUUUUGCUCCACCAGGGCUUAGCUAAGGUUGCGUAGGGUGAACCAAACCAAAUCUUUGGCUACGAAAAUAAUAGUGAUCUAGUUGCCCUUCAACAUGUAGACUUUUUAGUAGCAAAAUAUUGCAGCUUGUAUCACAGACCAUAAUGGAUGCCAAUCCUGAAACUAUUCCAAGACUCAAACGUUAAAAAAAUGUCUCUGUGUUGUCACUGAAAAUAGUUGGGUGCUCUUUCAAUUUUCUGAAUAUACCGGAAAUCUUUCACUCAAAUAAGGUACAAAUAGAGUUGCAAAUUGAGUUGUUGCUCAAGAUCAGAGAAACAGAGAAUGAUGUUACUGACGUGAUACUGAAGAGUAAUGUUAGUAUGUCAUUUUUAUUGUACGGCAGCAUUUUAGUUCUUAGUAGCAAUAACACAGGGUGGUGGUAUCAGUGCACUAAAUGCAUUGAUUUCAGUGGGUCUAUUCUGACUAUGACUGUUGGAUAUCACCCUCAGUUUUUCCACAUUUUUAAGCCAUUGCAGGAUUGGUGUAUGGCUUUCAAUUGAUUUAUUUUUUACGAUAGCACUGUCUUAAUUUCGUAGCAAGAUCCAUCUCCACAGUUUUGCAUUAUCACUGCUUUUAACAUUCUAAGCUCUAUGUCUGGGCUAGAGCAGAAUUAACCUAUUUAACAUCAGAAUGGGCUUAGUCCUAAUCAAAAGUAUGUGGAAGGAAAUGUAUGACUAUGUAUAUGUAUUUCUUAAAAACAAUGAAGAUGAGAGUUAAGGGACUUAGAAAUGUGCAAAAACACAUUGAAGUUGUAAGUUAAGGUGUUAACUUUUGUGCAAAAUGUUUUCCAGCAGGCAUGGGAAACCACCCUGUGGGUCAUACAAGGCCCUCCAGGCUGCUUUCUCAAAACCAUGCUCACCUGCCCCAUACCUGGUGGCUGCAGAAAAUAGGCUUGCACAUCAGUCCAGUUCGAGCAGUAUCCUCCCCCACCUCCAACUUUGAUGGGUGGGCAAGAAUACCCACCUCUCAAUUACCUGGUGGCGAUAUGAUGCCAGAUGAUUGACAGGUGGGUAAUCUCACUCACCUGUCAUAGUUGGCCCACUAGGGUGGGAGAGAGAAAGAACUCGCCUGUCGGGCCCAAACAUUUCUCCACUCCUGAAAAAGCAACAUCCUCUUUCAGUUGUAUGGGUAUAAGAAUAUAAUUGUAAAAUUCCUAACAGUUGGUGACCCUUGAAUAAGAAAUAGGGCUUUUUUAAAAACAAUCAAGUGGUAUAUAAAUAAAUAAACAACUUCAUAAAAUUCCUGAGAUUUAUUAAGAAAUGUGGCUUAAAGGUUUUAAAUGGAUGCAGUUAAUGACCUUGGAAAACAUGAAUGCUUUAUGUUGUGCAAUGUGUGUUGCUUCCCUUGUAAAGCAGAACAUUAUUUUACAGUUGCUUCUUUAGAUACAGAGAAAGGCAAAAGUGUGUGUCAGAAAAGUGCAUGCGACGUCACAAGAAGAUUACGAAAGGUAGUGUAGAUCCACUUAAAGGAAAUAAAAGUCAGCAGAAGUUUACCAUUGUUUCUAACUCUUCAUCAUUUAAAAAGGGAUUGGAAUGUUUAAAAAGGUAAUAAUGAUGACCCCUGGCUUUGAUGACUUCAAAGGGGGAUGGGAUGCAUUCAUGGAGGAUAGCUUUGUCAACAACUGUUAGCUAUGUGGAGCCUCUGGGUUAAAAGGCAGUAGACCUCUGAAUACAAGUUUCUGGGAACUGUGGUGUUUAGUCUUUGUGUUCUGUUUAUAAGAUUUCCCAAGGUACCUAGUCAGGCACUGUAAAAAAACAGGGUGCUGGACUAGAUGUUGGUCUGAUCUAGCUGUGCUGUUGCAUUGUAAGGUUAUGAGAAGAUGGUUCCAAAUUUCCUAAUAAGUCCUUGCACCCUCAAAAAAUAGUUUUAGAAGCCAGUUGUUGACACACAUUAUACAGUAGCAUCACACAAUGGAUUUGAAUGCAUAAUAGAAGCAUGUUCAUGGAAGGAGGAAGAAAUUGCUUGCAGCAUGUUGAGUUCUCCAUGGCUUUUAUUGUGCAAUAGUGGGUAAACUGAAUGAACUACAAAGCUGAGAGAGGGCAGAAUUUCCUUCAAUCUGAAAAGACUACAGGAUGUCAGAUUUUGCUCCAAUGAAAUGGUGGUUCUGACUGAAAUCCUUUGCUUUUUCCCAUAAAGGUGAAUGACCACCAUUCAUCCAUAUGGAGAAAUACAAAGCACUGAAUAAGAAACAACAUAGCAAAAGCUAUCCAUCACGACACUUUUAUCUGGCAGAGGUUCCCUAGCAUACAGUCUUUCCACAAAUAUCCUGCCGGUCAUAAUGAUGGACUUCUCACUAUUUAGAAUUUGUAGUAAUAUUACUGGCUAUUGCUACUAAUGAGGUAUUUUUUCAUGAUAUUUUCUAAUAUUAACUUGAGAGUAUUAGAAAAACAUUGGAAACCCAGAAGCUGUAUCCACAUACACAGAUUAAUUAAGCAAAGAAUAAGAUAAAUUGAACUUAUUCUUUGGUCUCUGUGCAGUCACACACAAUGGCUAUGAUCAAGAAGACUCUGACCAGUGGUUUUCCUUCUUACUUAGGGAAAGGCAAAAGUCAUCUCUCACAUAGUACUUUGCAUUUCAAAAAGAGAAAUUUGUGAACUUGCAGGUUUUCUGUACUCCAAACAGCAAUUCUUAUCUUGAAAAGGGCUUCCAUCUGCAGAUCAGUCUUCCCAAUGUGAGCCUACCCAUAAGGAACUCUGUAUUGAGCACUAGUGGGUGGAAACAUAUCACUCCUACAGUUAUAGCUACAUUUUCACACAGGUGAUUAGCGCUGUCUCCCACUGCUGGUUGCCUGUUGUGGGGCUGUGGGUGGAGGGAAGAGAUGAGUUGCAGGCAUUGCAAAUUGCACCCAGCCCCCACCCUUCACGCGGAAUGCAAGAGUGGCACCUACAGCUGUGCAUUAGGAUCGCUAAACAGGACCCAUGUAUAAAUAAGCUUCAAUUAGGUGCUGGGCUAUGAACUAAACUCUUCCUGUAAGCUAUGGUUUUCUCAAAAGGUUGCUCUGUGUGUGAUCGCACAGAAACGUAGACAAGAAUUGUUCAAUCCCAGGUAUUCAAGACCAUCCCCACUUCCUUUGUGUGGAGAAUGUAAAUUUGCUGGACUGAGUCCAACUUUACAUGAAUAACCAAACUGAACACCAGUGCUACAUUAAAUUAUUUUGUUGCCUUGGGUUUUACACGUGUGUGUGUGUGUGUGUGUGUGUGUGUACGCACGCUACUCAUUAUCCAUGUCAGUCAUGGCUAAAAAUUUUACUAAGUUUAUAGGCUAUUUAAGAAAUAAAGUACUUUGUUUAAAUGCCCAAUUUAAAUAACCAUAUUUAGAUAUAGAUAGUUUUGGUGUAAUAUAUGCAGAGGACAGACUAAAGCUGUGCCUCCAUGACCAUUUUUAUGCUCAAGUUAAAUGCAAAAAAGAUUUCCCCCCCCCCCCAUCACUUACUAUCUUCAAAAUAUCAGUGAUACCUCUCAAAUGAUAUCAAUAUAUUCUGGAUCUCUUCUGAUCAAUUGGUGCCCUUGGAAUCCUUAUGGACAAAAUGUGUGAAAUGUAUAUUAUGUAUUUUAGGCUAUUUUUUAUGCAAGUAAGAUGUUUGGUAUUUUUCAGUGGAAACUCAAUAAAAAUGGCUAAACAUUUUGUCAGUGUACUUGUAGGCUAUUGAGCAAACUGUCUCAUUUAGCAUUCAGAAUGGUACCAACAACCUCUUGUGGCCUAUAGACUAGUUCUAAUAAUGCCUGAAUGGGACUUAUGGUUUACCAUGGAAGAGGGAACGAAAGGAAAUUCUUACCGUGAAUUUCUCUUCCCAGAGACUCCUGGAGGACAGCCUUUAUGCUGGGAUGGCUCCUCUCCUCUGACUGGACAGGCAGGGUCACAUAAAGAUCCUUGCUGGGGGAGGAGUCAUUCCAUGGUCCCCAGACCAGCUGAUCAAGCAGGAAAGAACCCCUCCCCAUACAUUGCCACAUUGCAGGUACUUUGCUGUACCCCGCUUUGGUUGGCAUCUUUCGUGAUGUUCAUGUCCACCUCAAGUUCAAGAGUUUGGUUGUAUCCCCAGCCAUGUGUGACUCUCCCAGAGUGGUGGGUGCUGUCCUCCAGGAGUCUCUGGGAAUAGAAAUUAAUGGUAAGAAUUUCCUUUCAUUCCCCAGAGGCUCCUGGAGGACAGCCUUUAUGCUGGGACCACCUGAGCUUCGCUGACUAGAGGCAUUAUGGCUGCACCACCCUUUGCAGCACCUUCCUCCUGAAGGCUGCGUCAGUGGAUGCUCAUUUGUCCAGUUUGUAGUGUCUAGUGCUCUGCAUGUGUCCAAGGCCUAUAUACCAUAUUUUUCCGUGUAUAAGACAAUGCUUUUUGCUAAUGAAUGAAUGUGUCUUCUUAAACACGGAUGGUGAAUGCAGAGGGAGGACAUGUGAUUAAUGGCAGCGGCAAGCAGGAGAUUGGCAGCGGCAAUUGGGCGGGUAAUCGGUGGCUGCAGCAAGGCCUGCUGGCGAGUGGCUGUGGCAAGGCGGGCAGGCGAUUGAUGGCUGCGGCAAGUGGGCAGGUGGGCUGUUUGGCAGUGAGUGGGCAGACAAUUGGUGGCUGCGGCGAGGUGUGCAAUCAGCAGUGGCGGACAGGUGGGUGAGCGAUUGGUGGAAAUGACCUCCCUGACCCCAAAAAGCUAAACAACUUAAUGUCUUAAUUUUGGGUUAAAAAUAAUAGGGGUCGUCUUAUACAUAGAGGGUCUUAUACAUGGAAAAAUACUGUGUGUGUGUGUGUGUGUGUGUGUAGCAGCUGAUUGAUUGCAGCCCAUUAUUAUAUGCCGUUUCAGGAGCGCCUCAUAAUUAACACCAAUAUUCCAAAUUAGUGAGGAACUGAUCACAGACCAUUCCGGAGACAGAGGUUGGUCCAUGGCAGGGACACACUUCCCAGGUCGCACCCAUUCUGCCUUUCAAGGUGACAGAUAUGGGCUUAAGUGACACUGCAGGAUGCAGUAAACUCCCCAGAACCUCCUGAGGAGCCUUGCCAGGAAUUUACCUCAUAAAUCCUGUCUUUCCCCUGCCCAAACAGCUCCACUGCCCCGGAGGGCAGCAGAGCACGAUCAUCAUAAAUUGUGAUGUCAGCCGGAAACAUCCAUGGCCCCAGUGAAUGCUGUUGAUGCCCCCCGCCGCCGCCUUGGAAUGUGCUGUCAGCCCUCCCAGGGGUGUUUUUCCCACUGUCCGGUCGACACUGAGAUGGCUUCCUGGAGCUAUCUGGAGAUUGAGGAGGUGAAAACUUUACACCCCUGAUUAUCUCCACACUUGAAUGAGACCAAUAGGGAUUCAGAUUUCUAAAGACUGCCUCUUGUGGUACUUGUUGGGAUAUUGCCACAGAGACGGAGGCAUCAGGCAGGCCCCCAGUUGUCUCCGGACGAUCACUGGUCUCCCGUGGAACAGCAUCAGUCAAUUAGCGACACGAGCCUCAGAGACAUUUCAAGACGCAUGCACACCCUUUCAACAGUGUCUCCACAAUGAAAGAUUCAGACAGGAGAGCAUAUUUACAGCUUUAUUUAACGUAGUUCAGAACAAAGGAAAAACAAGACUGCUUGCCUCCGUGUCCAGGAAUUUGAGAUUUCCUGGAGAACAGGCGAAGUCCCGGCAGACUGGAGGAGGGCAAAUGUUGUCCCUAUUUUCAAAAAGGGGUAAAGAGAGGACCCAAAUAAUUACCGCCCAGUCAGUCUGACAUCAAUACCAGGGAAGAUUCUGGAGCAGAUCAUUAAGCAAACAGUCUGUGAGCACCUAGAAAGGAAUGCUGUGAUCACCGAUAGUCAGCAUGGAUUUCUGAAAAAUAAGUCAUGUCAGACUAACCUGAUCUCGUUUUUUGACAGAAUGACAAGCCUGGUAGAUGAAGGGAACGCAGGGGAUGUAGCCUCCCUUGAUUUCAGCAAGGCAUUUGACAAGGUGCCCCAUGAUAUUCUUGUAAAGAAGCUGGUAAAAUGCGGUCUUGACUAUGCUACCACUCAGUGGAUUUGUAACUGGCUGACUGAUCGAACCCAAAGGGUGCUCAUCAAUGGUUCCUCUUCAUCCUGGAGAAGAGUGACUAGUGGGUGCCACAGGGUUCUGUCUUGGGCCCGGUCUUAUUCAACAUCUUUAACAACGACUUGGAUGAUGGACUCAAGGGCAUCCUGAUCAAAUUUGCAGAUGACACCAAACUGGGAGGGUGGCUAACACCCCAGAGGACAGGAUCACACUUCAAAACGACCUUGACAGAUUAGAGAACUGGGCCAAAGCAAACAAGAUGAAUUUUAACAGGGAGAAAUGUAAAGUAUUGCACUUGGGCAAAAAAAUGAGAGGCACAAAUACAAGAUAGGUGACACCUGGCUUGAGAGCAGUACAUGUGAAAAGGAUCUAGGAGUCUUGGUUGACCACAAACUUGACAUGAGCCAACAGUGUGACGCGGCAGCUAAAAAGCCAAUGCAAUUCUGGGCUGCAUCAAUAGGAGUAUAGCAUCCAGAUCAAGGGAAGUAAUAGUGCCACUGUAUUCUGCUCUGGUCAGACCUCACCUGGAGUACUGUGUCCAGUUCUGGGCACCACAGUUCAAGAAGGACACUGACAAACUGGAACGUGUCCAGAGGAGGGCAACCAAAAUGGUCAAAGGCCUGGAAACGAUGCCUUAUGAGGAACGGCUAAGGGAGGUGGGCAUGUUUAGUCUGGAGAAGAGGAGGUUAAGGGGUGAUAUGAUAGCCAUGUUCAAAUAUAUAAAAGGAUGUCACAUAGAGGAGGGAGAAAGGUUGUUUUCUGCUGCUCCAGAGAAGCGGACACGGAGCAAUGGAUCCAAACUACAAGAAAGAAGAUUCCGCCUAAACAUUAGGAAGAACUUCCUGACAGUAAGAGCUGUUCGACAGUGGAAUUUGCUGCCAAGGAGUGUGGUGGAGUCUCCUUCUUUGGAGGUCUUUAAGCAGAGGCUUGACAACCAUAUGUCAGGAGUGCUCUGAUGGUGUUUCCUGCUUGGCAGGGGGUUGGACUCGAUGGCCCUUGUGGUCUCUUCCAACUCUAUGAUUCUAUGAUUCUAAAACAGCCAGAGCAAAAGAGAAAGUUCCCAGCAGACAGUGCUGGACGUAAAUAGGCAUGUGAUACACAACAAUCAUUCUUGACUCUUUUAAGGUGGAACGGAACUAUCCUAACAGUACUACCUCUUGUGCCCUGUGGAAUAGGGAAUUAACCUUAGGAAUGAAGGGUCUAGCUGUAAGACCACCUUGUCCUGGUGGAAGAUGCAUAACUGGGUGUCCGAGGAUUGGGCUCCUAUCUGAAACUCCUCACUGAUGUGAUCACAACCAGAAACACCGUCUUUAGGGUUAGUAGACAGGUAUCUGUUGUUGCCAGGGGCUCGAAUGGUGAGCCUGUUAAGGCUGUUAGCACCCAGUUCAAAUUCUAAUAGGGGAGUCUAUGCACUACUGGUGGGUUUUUCUGGUUCACCCCCUUUAGAAACCUACGGAGCAGAGGGUGGGUGUGAAGACAGAAAACUCCCCUUUGCAUCCCAGGAUGCUGCUCAGGGCUGCUGCUUGCCUCUUCACAGUAUUGAAGUCGAGGCCAUGUGUGAAGCCAGAAGUGUUUCUAGGACCCUCCCGGGCUCUUAGUCUUCAAGCAGUUAGGUGGAAAGGCUCUGGGUCGGAAUGGAGCAGUGCCUGAGUACAUGUCUCCUGUUUGGUAGUCACCACAGAGCUGGUCUGGAAAGAUGCAAGAGUUCUGGGAACCAUGGCCUCGACCAGUGUUGGGUGAUGAGGAUAAUCUCUGCUGCUUGAUCUUCUGGAUCAUUCUUGGCAAGAGACUGAAUGGUGGGAAUGCAUAUAGGAGACCCAUUGGCUGUUCUUUUUUUUUUUUUUUAAUAUAAUAUUUAUUGGUUUUACAAAAAUUCCAAAAGAUACAAAAAUACAAAAAUUCCACAGACAAAAAAACAACAACAAUGACAAUGACAAAAAGAAAACAAAGAUAACAAUAUCCAUAACAAAGAAAGAAAAAGAGAGAAAGAAAAAAAGAAGACAGAAAAAUUUAAAAAUUUAUACUUUCAUUUGACCUUCUUAUCUUUCCUUAGUUCUUUGACUUCCCGCAUCUCCCCACUUGUAUUUCCAUUUAGAGACUCCUUUCAGCAAAUCCUUACCCUCCUUCCUUUAUCCUAACUCAACAAACUUAAUCUAUUUAUAAAUAAAUAUUUUUACAACCUUAUCAAUCAAAUAUUCCAUGCUCUUAAACUUAUUUUGCCAAUACCAAUUAUUUUCAAUCAGACCUCAAUUUAACAUUCAUUAAUUUUAUAGUAUUUCUGUAGAUAGUCUUUAAAUUUCUUCCAGUCUUCUUCCACCGACUCUUCUCCCUGGUCACGGAUUCUGCCAGUCAUUUCCGCCAAUUCCAUAUAAUCAAUUACCUUCAUCUGCCAUUCUUCCAGAGUGGGUAAGUCUUGUGUCUUCCAAUACUUUGCGAUAAGUAUCCUUGCUGCUGCUGUUGCAUACAUAAAGAAAGUUCUAUCUUUCUUUGGCACCAAUUGGCCAACAAUGCCCAGGAGAAAGGCCUCUGGUUUCUUUAAGAAGGUAUACUUAAAUACCUUUUUCAACUCAUUAUAUAUCCUUUCCCAGAAGGCCUUAAUCUUUGGGCACGUCCACCAAAGGUGAAAGAAUGUACCUUCUGUUUCAUUACAUUUCCAACAUUUAUUAUCGGGCAAAUGGUAGAUUUUUGCAAGCUUGACUGGGGUCAUGUACCACCUGUACACCAUUUUCAUUAUAUUCUCUUUUAAAGCAUUACAUGCUGUAAACUUCGUACCUGUGGUCCAUAACCGUUCCCAGUCAGCAAACAUAAUGUUGUGUCCAACAUCCUGUGCCCAUUUAAUCAUAGCAGAUUUUACCGUUUCAUCCUGAGUAUUCCAUUUUAGCAGCAAGUUAUACAUUCUUGAUAGUGUUUUAGUUUUGGAAUCUAGCAGUUCUGUUUCCAACUUUGAUUUUUCCACCUGGAAGCCAAUUUUUCUAUCCAAAUUAUAGACCUCUCUUAUUUGGUAAUAAUGCAACCAGUCUCGCACUCUAUCUUUUAGUUUUUCAAAACUCUGCAAUUUGAAUUUAUCUCCUUCUUGUUCCAAGAUCUCCCAAUAUUUUGGCCACUUGGCCUCCAUAUUGGACUUUUUCAGGGCCUUUGCCUCCAUUGGUGAUAGCCACCUUGGGGUUUUAUUCUCCAGUAAGUCUUUAUAUCUUAUCCAGACAUUGAACAAUGCUUUCCUGACAAUAUGGUUUUUAAAUAUUUUGUGAGCUUUAACCUUGUCAUACCACAAAUAUGCAUGCCACCCAAACACAUUAUUGAAACCUUCUAAGUCCAAAACAUCAGUAUUUUCCAGAAGUAACCAAUCCUUCAACCAGCAGAAAGCUGCUGAUUCAUAAUAAAGUUUAAAGUCUGGCAGGGCAAAUCCCUCUUUCUUUAGCAUCAGUCAAUAUUUUAAAUUUUAUCCUGGGCCUCUUGCCCUGCCAGACAAACUUAGAGAUAUCUCUCUGCCACUUCUUAAAACAAUCCAUUUUGUCUAUUAUUUGUAUCGAUUGAAACAAAAACAACAUUCUUGGCAAUACAUUCAUCUUGAUGACAGCAAUUCGACCUAACAAGGAAAGCUUCAAAUUUGUCCAUAUUUCUAAAUCCUUUUUAAUGUCCGACCAACACUUUUCAUAAUUGUCUUUAAAUAAAUUCCCAUUUUUAGCUGUCAUAUGAAUCCCCAAGUAUUUCACUUUUUUUACCACUGUUAAACCUGUCUCAUUCUGAAACCUCUCUUUUUUCAAUCGGUGUUAAAUUCUUCUCAAGUACUUUAGUUUUAAACUUAUUCAGCUUAAAACCUGCCACCUGACCAAACUCUUGAAUCAGUUCUAAUGCUCUUUUCGUACUAGAUUCUGGCUCCUGUAAUGUCAGUACAAGGUCAUCUGCAAAUGCUUUCAGUUUGUAUUGUUUCGCUCCGACCGUUAUACCCUUAAUCAAAUGGUCCCUUCUUAUCAUAUUUAACAAAACCUCCAGAACAGAAAUAAAAAGUAAUGGGGAAAUUGGGCAGCCUUGUCGUGUCCCUUUCUCUAUCUUAAUUUCCUCUGUUAUCACAUUAUUAACUAUUAAUUUAGCUUUUGUUCUGAAUAAAUUGCAUUUAUACCAUUUUCAAACUCUUGGCCUACCCCCAUCCCCUGUAGAUUUUUUUUCAUAAAACUCCAAGAAAUAUUAUCAAAGGCUUUCUCUGCAUCCACAAAAAUCAAAACUGCUUUAGUAUUAAUCUCCUCUUGCAGCUUCUCCAGAAUAUCAAUUAUAUUCCUUGUGUUAUCCGAAAGAUGUCUAUCUGGAAGAAAGCCAGCUUGGUCCUUAUGAAUCACUCCUUUUAGCACUUUUUAAGCCUUUUGUCUAAAAUGUCAGCAAAAAUUUUGUAAUCCACAUUUAACAGGGAUAUGGGCCGAUAGUUCUUAAGCUGUGUCUUUUCAGUCUCAGACUUUGGUAUAAGUGUAAUAAAUGCGUCCUUCCACGACUCUGGCGCUCUUUUCCCCUCUAAAAUUUCAUUGCAAACCUCAGUUAAUGGUCGAAUUAGCCAGUCUUUCAAAGUUCUGUAAUAUUUUGAGGUUAAACCGUCCGGUCCUGGAGAUUUGCCCAACUGCAUAUUCUGUUUUUUUUUUUUAAAUCAUAUUUAUUAAAUUUUCCAAAAAUAUAAAAAUAAAAACAAAAAACACAAAAAAAAAAAAAAAAAAGAUAUUUAAAAAACCUUACUUUCAUUCCCUACUUUCUGGGACUCCCCCCCUCCCCCCCCCAAUUGUAUUCCCCUUUCCUUAAUUUGGUUCUACAAGCUCUCACUCCCAAUUUAAAGCUUAAUUUGUUUAACCCACUUAUCCAGAUUGAAUUGUACAAAUCUUACCACCGUCCCACAUCAUUAACAGAACAAGCAACAACAUUUUCCCCCGGAUCCACCCCAAGUCCUUCCACAAAGUCCCUUGUUUUUAAACACGUCCGCUCAAAGUAAAAUAACUUGCGUAAGUGAUGUAAAGAAAUAGAAAAUAAGAGAUAUAGAAAAAUUCAAAAAUGGUUACACAGCCUUUGGAUUUCAAAUCUCCCCCCCCCCUUCCCCGGUUUGAAUUCCCCAUGUCCAUCAGUCUAUACAUUAUCAGCUUGGAAGUCUCAUUUCAUGACCAGAUUUCUCCCCGAUUCCAUCUUGCCGGUUUUCUUUUAGUUUAUUAAUUUAAAUAAUAUUUGACUUCAAAUGUCCAAUCUAACAAAGGCCUUUAAUUUCCUUGAUCUUUACCACUCCUCCCGUUGUUCUUUCCGUGUCGUAAUCAGUCCUUUAUUCUUCUUAUUCCUCACUUUCUCAGGUUUCUUGUCCUGUUCAGCUGCUAAAACUUUCUAAUUCAGAAAUCUAGUGUCUCUGCAGAGGUUUGUUAUUCAGGAACAAAAACUUACGUCCAGUCCCUUUCUUUCUUCAAUAAAAAUUCCAUUGUCUUCCUCUGUAGACAAAAUACUCUUUCAGUUUUGCAGCUUUCCCAGAAGAUAACAAAUCCUGUGCGAAUCCCAGGGUAUUUUUCCACUUACGACCGUUCUUGGAGUAUCCCGAAACCCCUCUAGGGCGAUUGUAAUAACUUUGUAUCCUCUAAUCCAAAAGUCAAAUUGUUGCUUAUUUUCCAACAGUUUAUAUCCAUAUUAUAGCAAAUUGUAACAAAAUUAACCAGCAAGGUCCUCAUAAAGUCCUCUUUAUAUUCUCCAGCUUUGACAGCCACUUUGACAGCUGUCAAAGUCUCCGUCUCUCUUCACCAGGCUCCACGAACCGCCCCGGUUCCCCGGGGGGCUAGCAUUUUUCUUCUCACCCUCCACUCUUCUCCUCCAGCACAUUUCUUAUAAUUUCCCAUCGUGAAAUUAAUGAUUUUUAUCAGAGACAUACUUCCCUUUGGACCUUGGUUACCCAGUCCUUGUUUUGGAAUGCUUACAAUAGGGGGGGGGGAUUGAAUACAUUUUAAAAACGCCCCCCCACGUGCCAAAACCAAAAUUUUGAACCCGGUUUCCCAAUACAACACGGGUUGUUGUUAUUAUUCCAUAUUUUCAAUAGAGGAAGUCAGCGAACUCCGUCGAAUGGCAUGCGGCUGCGCCCGGCAGGGAAAGCAGUGGACUCAAGCACCACGCCACUCCCGGCACCCGAUCCGAAGCCUUUAAAAGGCUCCUUCACGAGUCGGGAGGGCGCUAAUGGUGCAAGCCGAGUCACCCAUGUCCACGGACUCCGUGCCCGUGGUUUUAAGGGUCCCCGCGUCGCCGGCGCGGUAGGACCCAGCCCCUGCCGAGCAGACUCCCUCCGGAGCUCGGAGGAAGUCCGCCAUUCGGCGAUGGCGCUAACCCGGAAGCCCCCAACUGCAUAUUCUGAAUGGCACCUUCAACCUCCUGUUCUGUAAUUUUAUAAUUCAGCAAUAUCUUAUUAUCCUGAGAGAUUUUUUGUAAUCCAUUGGUUUUCAGAAAUUGCUCUAUUUCAAAUUCUUUCUGAGGCCCUUGUGUGUAUAAUUGUUUAAAAUAUCUCUGGAAGCAUUUCCUAAUUUCUUCUGGAUUCUGGAUAUUUUUCCCUUCCGCUUCCAAAUCAGUAAUAGUAUUGAGUUUUUGUCGUUUCUUCAACUGCCAAGCCAGCAGUUUCCCACAUUUAUUUGCCGAUUCAAAAGUCUUUUGUCUCAUUUGUUUAAUUUUCCAUUCCACUUCUUGAUUUAUCAAUUUCAUAUACUGCACUUGGUACAGCUUUAUUUCCCUCAGAAUCUCUUGUGAAUUGGGCUUCACUCUCAGUUUCUUCUCGCCCUCCUUUAUUUUUUCAAGAAUUUUUUCUUUCUUUUUACAUUUUGGGCCCUCUUCUUAACUGAAUUCUGUUGAAUCAGGAAGCCCCUCAUAACAGCUUUACUUGCGUCCCAGAUUAUUCUUUUUUCUACAGCUGUAUUCAAGUUUAUCUCAAAAUAGUCUCUCAAUGUCUUUUGGGCCUUCUUAAUCACCUCUUGAUCUCUAAACAAGGUGUCAUUCAUCCUCCAUCGGAAGGAACCAGUAGAUGUUAACUUCAUCUCCAUUCUCACGGCGUUAUGGUCGGAGUAUGUUUUUGGACAGAUCUCUACCUUCCUAACCUUAGGUGCCAGUCCUCUAGUAGUCCAGAUUUGGUCAAUUCUUUUGGAACUACCUUCUUUGGAGACCCAUUGGCUGUUCUGUCACCAGUGUCCAUGCCCUGUGUUCCCUGAACAUUGUAAUGUGACAUAAACAUUGCUGUCUGAGCGUUUUGUCCAUGACUGGUUAUCCAAAGAGCUGUGCUAGCUGCUGGAAUACCUGAGGGUGUGUCAGUCUGUUUCUGAUGGUUUGGUGGUUGAGCCAGCCUUUGUUUUCCACCCCAGUGACAUGUUUUGCCUUCAGAGAAAGGAUGUUCCCUUCUGCCUAUUUGACCAGUCUUUUGGCCUCUUCCAUCAGAUCCCCCCAAUAGUUCAAAUAUGCCUUGGCGGAAAUAUUGUCUGUAUCAGCAAGUGUAUCAGCAUCCCCUGAUCAUAGUUCCGAACUGCAGUAUUGCCAAGUGUACUUCUCUCAGGGCCAGCCAAUUUACGCUCAUGUUCACUUCUGCUCUGGAUCAAGUUCCCUGAGCUGUGUGGCAUUGCAUGUGAGCUCCCCAGCCUGAUUUGCUGGCGUUAGUGGUUAUGACUUUCCAUUGGGCAUUCUGUAGGCUGACUCCCUUUCAUUAGUUUGGAGUUAGCUACCAUUUCAGUUCUUCACACAUAGACUUUGGAAUUGCUAUCUGCAAAUGGUGUGCUGAUGUGAUGUGGUCCUGAAAUGGUAGAAGGAUCUGAAGAAGGGGGUGUUUGUGGAAGCAUGCCCAAUCCACCAAUCCUUUGCAUGAGACCAUCAUGCCUUGAAGUUGGGCCAGGAGCAUGAUGUCUGCCUCUUCUGCCUCUCGUCUCUGUUGGCUUAAAGAUCUGAGCUUCUAGAUUUGUUCCUCUGUGAGGUGAAGACGGUAUUUUUUUUUGGAGGCUAUCUGUACUCCCAGGUGAAUUAUGUUUUGUGGGGGAUUCAAUGAGCUCUUCUCCAUGUUUAGCAUGAAGCUGUGUUUUCCGAGUGUGUCCAGUGUACUCUCAAUAUCCCUCUGACAUCUGUCUCUUGUCAGGGCCCAGAUCAGAAUGUUGUAUAGGUAUGGAGGUAAGCCCCUAAUGCCGCCAAGACCUUGCUGAAUACUCUUGGCAUGGACAUGAGGCCAAAAGAUAAUGCCCGGUAUUGCAGAGGUAGAUUUCUGUAGCAGAAUCUGAGGUGUUUCCUUUAGCUCUUGUGUAUGCGGUGUGUGGGUCUGUCUCUGAUAGAGCUAUGGAGGCCGUCCAGUCCUCCCACUCUAUCGCCUCUGAAAUGGAGUUCAGUGUCUCCAUCUUGAAGUGUUCAUACUGGAUGUGCUUGUUGAGCCAUUUGAGAUCUAGGAUCUUCGGCACCAGAAAAAAUUGAAGACACCCCCACCCCUCUCCCUACAUAGAACGUGCUUGAUUGCUUGUACAUUCAUUAGGUGUUCUUUUGCUUUCAUGUAUGCCUUGUGCUUCUCUGCUUUCUGGGAGCAAGAGUUGCCCACAAACUUCUCUCUUCUUGAAAACUGCAAAGGGUAUCCUGAGGAAAUCAUACAGUUGAUCCAUCAGUCCAAUGUUGUCCUUGCUCACUUGUGGGCAAAGUGUAGGAGUCUGCAUCCUAUAGGGGGCUCCAUUAUUUGUUGCAUGGUGUCACUGAGCAUUGCCCCCUUUCUUGGCUUGCUGAGGCACUGUUCCCCCUGCCUGAUCGUGUCUUGGAGUGCCUGAUCUGUCCCAAUGUGAGCGGAAGGAGUUAGAACUCCACUUCCCUUUCCCUUGGCAGUGCUUUCUGUUUUGCCCCUGGUCUCCACCAAGACCUUCCCCAGGGCGCUCCCCAAUAACUUGCCAACUCCAAAGGGUGAAUUGCCAAGCCUUUCUUGGGAACCGGGAUUGGCAUCACAAAUGCGUAGAUACAGAUACUGCCUCAUGAUUGUCCUGGCUGCCGUAACUCUGGCUGACAUCUGCAGGGCAUCCCUGGAGGUGUUGGCUUGGAAUGUAGAUGCAAUCAAAAUCUAGCGUUUAAUCUGCUUUAUUAUGUCCUCCUCAGAAGUUGAUCUGUCCGAAUCAUGGUCACUCUGGUCAUCUCUGAACUCUGCUAGGAGUGUCCCAUUCUGAGUCACAUUUGUAGAAAAUAAUUUGGGGGAGGUAGCACCAAGAUGUGUGGCUGGCUGUCUGGGAAGGCAUUCUUAGCUCCGCCUCCUCAGGUGCUGGUCCCCCCCUGUCUCCUUCAGCUUCUCUUUGGGUAGUUCCAAAAUCCUCUUCGCCUUGGCUACCAUGGAUCAAAAGUAUUCUGAGGUGAAAAGCCUACCCUUGGGUAGGGAGUGACUUCGAUCUCCUCCUCUGAAAGCUCUCCCUCCUCCUCUGAGGUAUGAUCCAGAUCAUCUGAUGAGACCAAGCCUGAUGCAUUAGCCAUCCACCUGCUAUUCAAGCUGCUUUUUACUAUGGCUUUGUCACUGCAUGACCUGCAGUUUAUCUGCCUAGACUGCUUGUUCCUGUGUGGCCUUCUUCCGGUACUGGGACUGAGGAUGAGAGGGACUCCCUUGAUACUGAGCAGGUUGGUGAUAGUAAUGGUGAAAGAGAUGAGUAUGGGCUCAAAGGAGAUGCCCUCUGUUGCCUCCUUCUUGAGCUAUGGGUUUUCCUUGUGCCCUUUCUUCCCCAUCCCCUUCUCUCCUGCUGGUUUGGGGUGGGAAUUAGUUGGGGAGGGGUGGUGAGUUUGCCUGUGCUGGAGUGGAGGUUUGGGUAGCUGAUGCCAGUUGAGCCACUACUAUCCCCUGAGCCCCCUGCGUCAUUAUUCCUCUUACCCAGGAUAUGAAUCUAGGAAGCUUCUCCCCUGGCCAUGUGGAUGCUGCCCCAUUGGGUCCUAGGGAACAUUCCCCUUCUGAUGGCUGUGUCAGUGGUGCCUGGUACUUGUUUGAGUGGCCUUGGUAGCAGCUGGAUCCUGUCUCCUGCUCUCCACUGCUAUAUCCACCAGCCUCCUUUGAGAGGGCACCCUCUGAUGGUGGAGAUUGGGUGCUGGGCAAUGCCUCUUACCCUGUUCUCUGGCCUGUGGUGAGGAGGGAAGUGCAUUGAGUUGGGUCCUUGUGGGCAAGGCCCAAGAUGGUGCCUGCAGCUGUGUUAGCCAAUAAGGCGAUGGACAUGGGCCACACUGCUCUCCUGCCCCUUGCUAGCCUCCAGAUCUGCAGUUGGCUUGCAGGCGGAAGAAGACUCUCAGGUUAAAAAGCAGUCCUUUGGUUUUGUCAAUGAUAGAGACUACGGCGCAGGCUAAACAUGCACACGGGAGCUCCCUGUGCUAAACAAAACAGCUGAGAGGUGGGAAACACAUUUUCAGUGGAGCUGGUGUGCGUCUCUCCUGAUCGCUCUGUCUUACUUUGCUCAGUCCCUCUUGACCCAGAACGCUUCUGCUACUCAGAGAGAGGUAGAGCUCUCCCUUGCUCUUGCAGGCAGUCUGAGGCAUGGAAAAGGGGAGCGUUCCAAAAUUCCCCUGAGUCUGCUCUAGUGCCAUCUCUGCGGCAUUGAAUCGAGGCAGGUGGAAAAGGGAAGCUAAAGGAACAAAGCCUUGGAGGAGCAGGAGGACUGUAAAAGUAAAUUAAAUUCAGUAGAAUCCAAAGAAAACCCUCCAAAAGGAAAAAUAAGUAACUCCAUAGAAAGGCAAAAUUAAAUCCAAGCAAAGAAGAAAUGAAGUUUUUAGGGUCACUGAAUUUGUUCAGCACUGGAGAAAAAAAACCCACCUGCCCAUCUCGAAAGGCAGGGACAGUCUGGGGACCGUGGGAUGACUUCUCCCCCAGCAAGGAUCUUCAUGAGACCCUGCCUGCCUGUCCAGGCAGAGGAGAGGAGUCGUCCCAGCGUAAAGGCUGUCCUCCAGGAGCCUCUGGGGAAUCAUGAGUGCACAAGGGUGGACAGGAAUGGAGGAGCCUUGGACUUGUUUAUGCAAUGUCAAACUGUAGAGCUACCCAUAACUAAAAUCAAUAUUGCUUCAGUUAGUCAUAUAACACAUUUAUUUUUCCAUGUGUGAAAUUAAUACAUAAAAACAGGAAGGAUAAAUUUCAGAUAAAAUUUAGUUACAGUUAGAAGGUUGUUUAUUGCUGCCCCUUGUGUGAUUCAGAGGAAGACUGAAACCACUGUAACUUUACCUUUAACAAAUUAUGUAUUAUCUCAGACUAUAGGAAUCCAUUGCACUGAAUAUGAUAACUUGCCAGAAUAUCCGUACUGUACAGAAUAUCAAUGUAUUCUGUAUUCUUAUCUAGUUAGAUAAGAAAAGUAUUGCUUUUUAUUUUCUCCCUCCCCAAGAAAACCAUUUCUGUUUACUUCAGGCAAAAGACCUAAUAGAGAAAUUUUUUAGCCAGCAAGUUGAAGUUCUUGGGAAACGGACAGCACCGCUGCCUGAGAUCUACUAUAUUGAAGGCACUCUGCAAAUGGUGUGGGUUAAUCGUUGUACUCCAGGUUAUGGAAUAAAUCCUCUACUACAUCCAGAUUGUCCUAACUGUUGUGGUAGGUAGAAAGUAUAACAAUCUCACAGGUUAUAAAUCUUAAUUUUUAAGAAAUACUUUUUAUUUCAGUGGAAUUAGCAAUUGUCCUUUCAUCAUUUCAGGUAAUUUAGUUCAUGGGCAUAUGCUGGAGGUAUUGAAAAAUACUAAUUAAUUGCAAAUAUAUGUUAAUUACUAAUUGGUUAAUAUGGUGCAUUAGAAUGUUAAUAGCCACUUAAGAUGUGUCCGCAAUUGCUGGCCUGUCUACAAAGUACAUACAAAUACAUGGAAUAAAUACACGAAUGAGUGUGCAAACUUCAACCUCAAGUGAGAUGUGUAGAUGUAGCCAUUUAACUUGCUACAUUCAUACCCUUUUGAGUAGUGUUAGAAUGAUGCUUGAUGCUGAAGAGAUUGCCUGUCUCUUGCCAAGGGAUCUUGCAUUAUGCAAAAUUCAUUGUAACUGAAUGCAAGUUUGGCUAGGAGACCUAAAAUAAACCAUUGUGCUGAUAGAUGGUAUUUGAAGUGCAAAUUUUAAAAUACAGCAGUGAUUGUGUUGUGCUUAUUUUAUUUUAUUGUAUUUUUUUUUAAGCCUUGAUAUAAGGCUAUGAAUUAUGUCAUCAGUAUUGUGGUGAAUUCCAUCUGAAUCUGCCCUUGAGUGUCUCAUGUCUGCGGUAUGGGUGCAUUUCUGUCACAUUUUAGCCAGUAUAGACAGACUUUUAGGCUGAAGGUGCAGUCAUCCAGAUCUAAGUCUGUGGACUGAAGCAUGAUCUUUUAUUAUGAAAGAGCCUUUGAAAUAUGCUUCCAGAGUAGUAUAAUUUCACAGGGAAAAGCGAGAUUAUUUCAAAGGGGAACAUAUGUUUAACUACCAAGUUCAGCUAUUUGUCUAUCUAACUCAGUGUUGUUUGCACCCCAAGAGCUCUGCAGGGUUUCAUGCAAGAGUCUUUUCUAGCCCUACCUGGAUAUACCAAGGAUUGAAUCUGGGACCUUUUGCAUGCAAAGCAUAUGUCUUGCCACUGAGCUAGGACUCUGUAUAAUAUAGUGUAUAAUGUAUUUGCUAUAAAUCAAAUAGAAAAUGUCACUUAGAACAAUUUAACAUGUUCAGUGCACUAAAAUAUUUGUAAGGUGUGAAACGGCACAAUAGGCCAUAAAAUAAAUCAAGUAGAAUACAGUGGUGCCUCGCAAGACGAAAUUAAUCCGUUCCGCGAGAGUCUUCGUCUAGCGGUUUUUUCGUCUUGCGAAGCAACCCUAUUAGCGGCUUAACGGAUUAGCGCUAUUAGCGGUUUAGCGGCUAUUAAAGGCUUAAAGGCUUAGCAGAUUAGCUGCUAAAAGGCUAUUAAAGGCUAUUAAAGGCUUAGCAGAUUAGAUAAAGGGGGCGAAAAGCGAAAAAAAAAUCUCAAGACUUGCAAGACAUUUUCGUCUUGCGAAGCAAGCCCAUAGGGAAAUUCGUCCUGCGAAGCAACUCAAAAACGGAAAACCCUUUCGUCUAGCGGGUUUUCCGUCUUGCGAGGCAUUCGUCUUGCGGGGCACCACUGUAUACUUGUCGGGUUGAAACAGCACCAUGGAAGCUGAUGUCCCCUAAAGACAACUUAGGUGUAGUUUAUUUAUUGUGUAGAUAAAUGCUAUUUACUUUAUCAGCAGUGAUCUAAAUAAGUGCCAGAUCACCCAUUCAAGUUCCCCUUGCUUGCCUUCUAAGAGGCAGAAAUUAUGCUGUAUUCAAAAAUGCAAGUCCUUGCAGAUCUAGAUCUUUCUCCCAUUGAUUUUGCUUAAGAAUCUUACGAAAUCUUAUGUGAACUCUUGGGGCCAGUUAGGAAAUAACAAUCUUGGCUUAAUAAAUGAAGUUCAUGAAGCAGAGAGUGAUCAUUGUACCUUUGUGCUCCUUCUUGCAUUGCAGUUAAACCCCUUUCCCGUAUUAAUGUAAGUAGAAAUUAACAAACCCUAGAAGUCUUCAAUUCUAGCCUGUGAAGAAACCACAAUACUAGUUCUUGGCUUUAUUUAAGCUGAGUCUUAUGUCUGAAACAACCCUUGCUAUUAAGGAGUAGAGAGUAGAAGUUAAUCUUACUGGUUGAUGUAAUGCUAAGUUUGCUCUGACAUAUUAAAAGAUUAUUUCCUCCAUUAAAAAACAACUUUAUUUAAGACUAUGAGUUAUGUCAUCAGUAUUGUAUUACUGAACUGUAUUACUUCCAUUUGGAUCUGUCCUUGAGUGUAUUACAGUGGUACCUCUGUUUAAGAACAGUCCGGUUUAAGAAUGAUUUCCACAAAACCGGAAAUAGUGUCUUGGUUUGAGAACUUUACCUCGGUCUAAGAACAGAAUCCGAACAGUGGAAGGGCACCGGCGGGAGGCCUCAUCAGGGAAAGAAUGGUUAAGAAUGGUUGUGGUUUAAGAACAGACUUCCUGAAUAGAUUAAGUUCGCAAACCGAGGUACCACUGUACUAGAUUCCUAGUGUGUGCUUUGGUGUGUUAUUCUAAAGUAUUGCAACUUUAGUUGUACCAAAACAGCAUUUAUGUUUUGCUUUUGAGUCUUGUUGUUCCUGUUGAAAAGCACUUAAAGCAUGUUGUUAUAUGUAAAAGGGACACUGUUGAGGUUUUUGUUCAAUUGAUUGAGGAACUUUUUUGAGCUGUGCCCUGUGUGGUUGUACAUGGACUGUACAACUGUACACUGAAGCCUUGAAACAAACACUGAAGGUCUUUUCACAGCACUGGGCUAGGCUCCAAGAUUCAGGGCUUAGCCACACUUACCUUUGCCCUAGACUUUCUAGGCACUGAUCUAUGCUUUAAAGUUCCAUGCCCAAUAUCUUCUUUUUUUCCUUUUCCUUUGUCCCACCAUUUCCCCCAGGAAUUGGAACCUGCUUCUUUACUGCUGAAUUGGAACAAACAGCAAUUCAGGUUUUCCACGGGGAACAUGGAGCUUUAAAGCGUAGGCCUGUGCCUAGAAACGCAGCCCGGAAGGAAGUCUGAAUGAGACUAGACAAAAGGAAGAGAAACCUCUCCAGUUCUCAUGUCAUCUUAAACAUUUGAAAGGUUCUCCUCUUCCAUACCAUUCUUGGCACUGUAUGGAGCAGAAAUAUUCAGGCAACUACUGUAUUUUUCUCUCUAUAGGACUCACUUUUUCCCCUCCAAAAAUGAAGGGGAAAUGUGUGUGCGUCCUAUGGAGCGAAUGCAGGCUCCUUGGCUUCAGCGAUAGCAACGCGAAGCCUCCAAAGCGCAGAGGGAGAGCUCCCCCCGCGCUCCGGAGGCUUCGCAUUGCUUUCACUGAAGCCGCCGGAGCGCAGGGAACUCCUGCUGUGCUCCGGGGGCUUCAGGCAGCUAUCCGCAAGCCUUCAGAGCGCAUCAGGAGUUCCCGCCACACACUGAAGGCUUGCGGAUAGCCGCCUGGAGAGCGAGAGGGGUCGGUGCACACCGAUCACUCUUGCUCUCCAGGCUUCGCUUCGCUGAAGGGGCGUUGCGCAGAGAGGGAGAGCUGCGCAGCGCUCCUUCAGCGAAGCGGGCGGAGAAAUGGAAGGGGCUCCGUUUCUCCUACCGCUUUGCUGAAGGGCGCUGAGCAGAGAGGGAGAAAUUUUUUUCUGUUCUCCCCUCUUAUGGUCCGGUGUGUCCUAUAGAGCGAAAAUAUGGUAAAUCAUAGAAUCGGAGAAUUCUUUGUUCGUGUUUAGUGUGUUAGCUCGUAUGACUCACUAAAGCCACACAACAGAUUCCACAAGCACACUAGUUUGCCUGAACCCGAGUCUGCCUUGGGUGCUGAUGGGGGUGUUGUGUCAUUGCGGGAGCUGAACCUGCUUCUUGCUUUCCUGUCCCUUCUUUUAAUCUUAAACCCUGCCCUUCUGAAUAUACUGUAUAGCUUCAUAGAGCUAUAACUGUUAAAUCAAUUUAAAGGAUUGUUAGUUUAGACAGCAGCCUAGGGGUCUGUUGCCACAUCUAGUUUGGACUGUUAAACUGCUUGAACAGUCUCCUGGUGGAAGGGCCUUGGCAAUUAAAAGUGGUAUUAAACAUUGUGUAACUAGGGUUUAAACAAGAGCUACAAGGGUCAAGACAGGGUGAAACUAAGCCCCCCUCCUAUUAUGGCUGGGGGAGCCCUGCUGUGGAUACUCUAAAUACUUCAUUAUGCAGAUGCUGUUUGAAGAAAUUCAUAUAGUGGAUGCUGAGCAAAUCCAUCCCCUGGUGACCAAUUUAUUUAGAGCAACUGUUGAUUAUAUUAUGCUUAAAGGAGGACAUGGACCCCACAAAUGUUAUACUUCUUAAAACUGAAGUAGCCCAUGAUGAAUGCCUAUUUAUUUGACUCUAUGCCAAAUAAGCUAACAUAGGCAAAUGUUCUUGCAAAAAAAUAGUAGUAGUGAUAUUUAUUUACUUAAUUUCUAAUCUCCCCACCCUUUCACUGACAGGUGAUUCCAGGGUAGUUAUUACUUAAUGAAAGCAAAUGCUUAUACCAUAGUUCAAUUUAAUUGAUUGAUAUAAUAUUAAAUUUUCAUUAAAAAUACCAUUCAAAUACUGUUUGGCAAUGCUUAGUUCUAACUGGCCUGCAAUAUUUUGAUCACUAGGUGGAGCUAAUGCUAUUUAAUAAAAAUCUACAAUAUGAAAAACAGGAGGAUAAGGCAGUGUAUUCCUCUGAAUACUUCAAAUAACAGCCUGGGAAUCUCGUGGAGAGAGUGCUUUUUCCCUCAGCUCCAGCUUGCAGGCUUCCCAUUAAUAUCUGGUUGGUCCCUGUGAGGACAGGGUACUGCAUUUAGAUGGGCCUUUGUUGUGAUCCAGUCAGGCUCUUAUGCUCUUUUCUUAAAUCUCAGUAAGUCCAGUGGAACCUACAAGUAAAUAUGGAUAGUUAUGUAAUGUAACAUUGUCCAUUUCCUAGGAGUUAUUUCCAUACCAGCAUCCAGCAUUAUGUCUGCACAGGUGUUAGUUUGCAAACUCUGGUUGUGUUCUCAUGUCCUAAAAUCACAUACACUGAAUAUGGAACACAUACAGGUAAUGUGUAAUGUGUUGGCAUGAAUGAAACUAGUAAAUCUUGGUGACCUGCUGUUCACUUUUUGGGACAACUGAUCAAUAGGAGGAAAUGCCACAAUAUUGAAUACAUAACACAAAGGUUCUUGCUUGUCUUUUAUAGACAUUGCUGUUUCAGCAUAUUGAGAAAUCCAUGAGAAUAAUAGAAACCAGAAUGAAGAGAACUCAUAGCAUCCCUUGGGGCUAUAUGGUUCCAAGAGUAAUUCAUGGAAUUUGGCCUUCAUUAUCUCUCUAUAGCAUGUGUUCAUGCCUUCAGAAAAUCUGUAUAUGGAAUCAUGAAGCUAUCACUGCAGCUUCUUAAAAAUUAAAUUGUUUGCCUAAAAGUAAUUCCAAAUAUAAGGCAGAGAUGGCCACCCUCAUACGCCACAUUUGGCGGGUGGGUGAGGCCAUCCAGUUGUCAAUUGCUUGAUGUCACAAUGGCAUCAGGUGAUGAUUGUAAGGACUUAAAGCACCACACAGGCCUUGCAAAGAUCCCUGCAUAGUGCUUUGGAGCACUGCUGAUCAGCAGGUUUGAAGUCAUGGCCCAUCAGCUGUUGGACUAUGACUUUAUACUUGCUUUCUGUAAGGAUUGGGUGCUCAGUUGAUUUCCUCAUGAAGAGCUCAGUCACACAGUUGGUCCAGAUAUGUCUGUCUGCCACACACUGAUUGUCCCAUAUGAUGUCAAGUGGGCCUGCUUUGGGGAAAACAAACUUGAAGGCUCAGUUGGGACCCCUGCCAAGCCACAAUUGACCCACAAGCUGGAGCCUCCUCACUCACCCCCGAUACAAGGAGUUAACUUGGUGGCCAUUUUGACCAGGAGAAUUUAUUCUGACUGGCAGCAUCUCUUUCCCAGCCUUGUUACUGGAGAUCCUUUCUAGACAUGGCAGAAUUUGAAAUUUAUAUGAAGAAUUAAAGCAGAAUGAAUUUCAGAGUUUAAAAAUCCUAACAAAUACUCUAUAAAUGAUUUUUUAAAAAAUGAUGGUUCAAUGUGUUUGUUUACAGUGGUUUGCAGUCCAGGAUCCUAUAACCCUCGUGAAGGAACUCACUGCCUUCCAUGCAACAAAAGUUUGGAAUAUGGAGCAACACAUUGUUAACAGAAUACCAGCAUAGACCUUGUGCUAUAUUUAGUAGCACUGAUGUUCUUGAUUUAUAAUAUAUUUGUAAUGCAAAUAAAAUGAUUUUUUAAACUCCAA